CAGCGACCGCGCGUGGCCGUCGUCGCCCGCGUCCCGUUUAGUGCAGUGCCGCCGCCCGCGGACUAGGGACGUGUUAAUAACCGCCGCCCGGUUGUUAUUAAUCGACGACCGUAAUAACAACAACGGCAAUACGUAAUACACACGGGUACCAUUAAAGCCGGAUAAUAUUAUUAUUAUUAUUACGGUGCCGUUGCCGCCGCCGUUAUCGUAAUGCCCUCGGCGCCGCCGGAGAUCUCGGCGUGACUGGAGGAAUGACGACGACCGGUUUGGUGAGUACGAAAUGCCUUUAUUAUUUUAUUUUUUUUUCGCGCGUUUUCUCUCUCUCUCUUCUUCCAUUAUCAUUAUUAUCGUCGUACACGUCGCCGCCGUCGCGAUAUUGUAUUACGCGUUAAUAUCUGCGGCGGCGGCCGUAGCGACCGGUGUUUUCGGCCGGUGGUAAACCUUGAUCGGAUUUCCCGCCAAAAUACCGCCGCGACCGGUAUCGAUCCUCCGUGCGCCGUACCCGGGAAUCUCCGACCGCGGGAGACGACGCAUGAUACCAUAGCAGCCGGCCAAUAAUAAUAUAAAUAGUCGCGGUUCGCGAACGAGAGAGAGGGACCGCCGCGUUCUUCUGUCGCGUUCCGACGGCCGGCCGUUGGGACGACAACACACUCAUUAAUAGGCGGGUCUCGAAAAAGAAAAUUGUCAUCGAGCUUUUAUCAACCGCAUGGUGUAUAGUACGCAUAUUAGUUGUGUUGUUUAAUAAAUGUUCACAUCAUCCCUUAACGGAAUGUUACGCCACUGCUUUACUUGAAAAAGUGUAGUAAUUACCUUAACAAUGACGUAUAUAAUCCCGAGGGAAAAUCGCUACAUACUCGUACGGUUGUAUUUUUGAGCCGACACGGGAGAUGCCCUCCAAUCACGCGCACUCCCUCAUCGGUUUUCUUACCUGCAGGCACCGGUAAUCGGGGUGGUGCUUACGUAUAAGCGCGCCGUGCACGAAUCGGGCAACGACAUCGUUAAAAAAAGGGGGAUGCGAAAGUGUAAAAAAAAAACCCCCUCCAGAGAGUUCAACGUCCUAGAUGUCCAUAACCGCCGUCCUUUAUGCAAGAUUAGAAGCUGGGAUGUAUGUAAAAAUAGCAUUUUUGAAAGUUCUCGCUCCCCCUCCACCUAAAUUCGAGUACGAUUACUUAUAAAAAUUUUAAGAAAACGGUUGGAACAUCAACAUUUUCAAAUAAAUAGACUCUAUAAUAUGGUUAUUUUCAAAUUUUUCAAAAAUAAUAAAUUACGUUAGUUUUUUACCAAAACAUAUAAAUGUAAUUUAAAAGUAAAUACUUGUAGUCCUUAUCUCUGCGAGUUUACACAAAAACCAGAAUUGUAUUAUCUUUAUUGUCCCGGGAGAUAUUGCAAUGCGGGUAUAUCUUCGACGGGACACUGUAGAGAAAAUUUUCAUAUUUUGUACCCGUAAUAAACCAUUGCUAACGAAUAGCGGUUCGGAGCGAAAUUUCUUUUAACAUACAUGUACGUACAUUUUCCAGAUUUUCCUACGUGCUUCCCUAAUUAUUACGGAAACCGCUUGGAAAAUCAAAAAAUUGUUUAUCCAAAGUACCAGCUAGACAAAAUUAAAAUAAAACAUCACUGUUAAGCCAACGCAUUCCUCGUGACUGCGCUUCGAGUUUAAAAUCAAGAACAUCGUUAAACAAAAGGCAAGAAAUUCGAACCGAUUAUGUAAUCGAUCGCGAUGGUAAAAAUACGUUGUUUUCGUUUUAUUUAUGGUGUGCAGAAACCGCAUUGCCGUGUUAAUAAUUAUGAAUAUUAAUAAAAAGCCACUUUACAUCAUACGUAUCUAUAUGUGUCGUUUUACUCUUGCGUAAUAUUGUGUCGGCAUUUCGAUCGAUAUAAUGUAAGGCGCGUUUGAUGGGCGCGAAGCUGCGCAUAGCUUUUUUCUACUUUAAAAAAUAACAAAAAAGACAAAACGUUUAUAAUUAUACCGUAAGUUUUUUUUUUUUUUUUUUUAAGUCUACACGCAACGUACGCGGGUACAGUCUUUUUUUGUUAAACGGAUGAAACUUAGAUCGUACACAAUGGAUAGAGCUACGGCUAUACCCCAUGCGAAACAAUAGUAUGUCGCCUACAUAUCAAGAGGGCGCGUAGCUACUGUGCAUGCAUCGCCCUCUGCAUAAUAUACCGUUAAAACCCAUAUUGGAUGUUCGAUAAUAUUUUAUAUAUUUCGAUGAUAUUUUAUCAGGUACGUAAUGAUAAGACUGAUAACAGUACUUCGUGCACGCGCAAAAGUGAGAUGCUCUCUCGGUGUGUUGGCGACACGUUUUAUUGCUUAUAGCCAUAUAGGCGUGUGCACGUGUGGGAGCAGGGUGAACAGCUUCCCCCCCCUUUAAUAUUAUUACAUUUUUCAGGUGAUCGUGUUCAUAAGUUCGUAACUGAUAUAAAUAUGAUAACAAUACAUUACGAAUAUGUGACGUGAACAAAAUGAUCCAGUUCGCUAUCAUUAAUUAUUGUUUUUAUACUAAUGGCAAUGUAUUAUUUUGUGAUUAAUAAUGAGAAUAUAAGAACAAAGCCUAGUGGGAUUUUUGUAUUGUUAUGGGUACUUAUUAAAUUCACUAUAAUAUAAAUAUUUAUUAAUAUUAGAUUAACAACAUUUUCGCCCAUCCUGCUAUUAAGGUCUGCGCACGCCUAUGCGGUUAUAGCUCUAUCCGUUGUACACUAUUACACCAAGGGAUAAAACGUCUUUUGGUAACGAAGUUUUAUCGAACGUAUCGCGAGGGCUGGCCGAAUCCCCAAUCGUCGCGUUUGUCCCGGGACGUGUGUGGUUACGAGCACGGGGCGCACUAUACCCAUUUUAUUACGCCACCCCAAACGAGUUUAUUAUUAAAACGUAUGGCACCCUACCCCUGAACGAUAUUUUUUCGCGGUUUACUUACGCCGUUUAUGAACGUUUUUAUGUGAAAUUAGGUACGUAUAGGUGUCGAUAAAGACUAUUGAAACGCAGUAAAAUAUUGUCACGAGAUCUUGAAAACCCUGCGUCGGAGACAAUCGUAUACGAACCAUUAUAAUAUUUAGUACCCGUCUCGAAUCGUAUAUUAUAAUAUUAUAACGUUUUUGGUCCCGCGAGAAAGCGAGGCUUAAGUCGAUUAUUCGCAAUUUGUUUUUAUAAUUUCGUCUCGCGCGAUUUGUUCCCUUUUUUUUCUGUCUAAACGGCGUAAGCGUAUGUAUAUAAUGUUCUAACACGCGUUAUUAAAUAUUUACUUUUUUUUUUUUUUAAUUAAACUGCCAGAUAGCUUUUGUUAUAACCGAUCGAAGAUCCUUAACAAAACAUUUCGAAUGUGUACAUGAAUACUUGUGAUAUAUUUAUAUACAAAAAAAUCACACGUGAGGAGUCUCACUUCCAGUGGGGUGGCCCCAACCUUAGUCUUAGAAUCUUAUACUAAGUCUACUGCGUUUGAGACGCCUAUUAUGUCUUGAGAGUUGUCGAGUAGUUUAAUUGUUACUGGAUAUUGAUGUGUUGAUCCAGCUUUAUCUCAUGUUUGCGGGCAAACUUAGUAAUAUCGUCCUGGACCAUGAUAACUGAGGUGAUCAUCAUAUCUCGGUGGUUAAUGUCGUUUCUGUCAUACGUGUAUGCUGUGAUAAUGGUACGGAGAGCGAUGUUCUGACAGCGUUGAAUAAUCUCAAUGUAGGACUUCCUGGCACAACCUCACAGUCGUAUUCCAUAAAUCCCUAUUGAUUUAAUUAUCAUUACGUACAAUGAACGUUUACUUGUAAGUUCUAGUUCAGAAUGUCUUCUGACCAGCCGAUAUCGUUGUCUCAUUUUCUUCUUAAUUUGCAGUUUUCUCUGACGAACACGGUGUUUACAGUUUAGUCGAGAAUCAAGGUGCACACGAUAAUCUGCUGAUCCAACAAUACUGGUUUAUAAACGGUUUUACGCAGGUUGUAGUUUACGAAUUACGUGCACAGAUUUCUCGCUGUUAAUUUCGAUCUUCCAACGUGUUUUGUUCAGUUGGAAACGUUGUAGAUUGAUUUUUGAAGCCAAUCGCAGUUUGCUGGUCUUCAUCAAUUUUCGUUAUUGCCGUAUCAUAUAGAGUAAAUAAACGAUUGGUCCAAGGAUACAUUGUAUAUCUAUUGAAAAUUAAAAUACCUUCAAUCAAUAAAAUAAUGCAUGUUUUGAUUAUAGCGAUUCGAUAAUGUAGUAAUUUAGCAAUGCUUAAUUUGACUGCGGUGAAAACUUUAGAAAAUCCGCUCAAGUCCUUCUUUCCCGUACCAAAGAUACAGGUACCCGCAGUAAACCGACCGUUUAUAAAAUCAACAAGAGAUCAAAAUACAAUAUAAUCGAUGAUGGCCCGGCGUUUAAAAUUACACGAAUCGAGUAAUCCGAUAUUAUUUUUUGUGAUUUUGCGUUUGCCGACAAAAACUGAACAAUUCCGGUCGGACGAAUGUCGAGAAUUCAUAACCGAAAAAUAAUAAUAUCGUGAUACGCCUGCAGUGCUGAUGCUGCCGCAUUAUGCGCCCCCUGUUUAUUUCGGUACGUUGUGCCCUUUAAUCGUCGUCAAGCUCUAGAAAUAGCUCGUCUCCGUGUCCACGUGCACGAAUGUCGUUUAUCGAAUGAUUUGUUACAUUUUUUCCGUAUUAUUAAUAUAAGUCGCGGGCUCUGGCGGUACAAUAUACGGCGCCAUUUAUUUAUGUUAUAGUAUCGUUUUAAUAUACUUCGCCGUCGUCCACUACAGUGGCGACUACACAGUCACUGUUGCGGAAAAUUAAUUCUUCUGAGUAUAUAAUACAGGUAUAUUUUUAAUUAUUUUCAUUUUCAUUUUUUUUUUUUUUGUAAUUCUAUCGGUAUGUUUCAAAUUACAAAAGGUCGUCUGACCCAACUACGACGACGGGGCAGAGCUGUCUCGAUAUUAAUUUCAUAUUAUCCCGGCGAUGAACAACUACAGUGGCUAAAUAACCAAUAAUAUAACAUGUAGAUUUAAAAAAAAAAAAAAAAUAAUACCUAAUAAUAAAAAUAAAAAAAACGUUUUAAACGAUCGCUUGUUCGUUAUUUGUUUACGACGACGACGACAGGACGUUUGUUUAGUUAUACAAUUCGAGGAUUUAAAGAAAGGAAACGAUCGAUUCGAUUGAACCGUAAGUGAAAACGACGUUUCCGCUCGCGUUAGACUUGUGUUUAAUUUUAAGGUCGGUCCGCGCGAUUGCAGUUACACCGUGUUUGUUGGUGCCGCGAUAAGUGAAUCACAAGAGAUUAUACAUAGCAGGAGACGUGAUAAAAAUGUAUAGUAGAUUUCGGUAGAAUUUUCGAAUCGUCCGCAAGAGUGCCGUCGCGACAGUAAAAUAAAACGACAGUUUGUCCGUGUGGUGUUAAUAGUAACUCGCUCUCAAGAUAGUAUACAACUAUAAACCGGUGGUUUUCAACUGGGGCGACACCGCGGGGUUAUCGAGGGGCGGUGAACUAGUUUUGGGCCGUAGGUGAAUUUUUUGAGCAUGUAUCUACAUUAAAACUUCAGCCUCCAUCUCACAAGGAUUGAACCAAAUGUAAAAAAAUUACCUUUAAAUCACCAAGCACAACCAUCUCAAUGAUUUAUACAAUUAUUGCAAAGCAUUUUAAUUAUUCAAUUCAAUUGCAUUUAUCCGUUGAACUUAAACAUAGUAUUUACAAUCUGUAUUUAUUAUUUAAUUACAAACUUUUCACGUGUACUACUUUUAUUUUAAUUUUAACGGUGGGGGUGUUGAAAAAUAUUUUGCUCCUCGGGGGGGGGGCAGUUUAAAAAAAGUUGAGAACCACUCUUACCACGUAAUAAUUUAUUAUUAGUUACUAUCGCACAUGACAAUGGUUCAUGACAGGAACUAUCGCGAUAGUGACUACCGCAGCAAGAACCAGUCUUUUAUACAUAAAACCGUGUAUGGUCGAUGAAAAAUAUCAAACUAGUGAAUAAUAAAAUAAUACGCGUUACUGCAGUUCAGUUUUUUUUUCGUCUUUUGAUUUGUGCAUUAUAGUUUAAAAAUGUUUACAUAGGUUUUUUUAUCGUUAUAAACAAAACGCACAAAAAAACUUCUGGGCUCCGUACGAUUACGCGAACGACGAUUAACGUUUAACAAACGUAAAAUGUCGUAUGUUUUGACGUUUAAAACAAAACGCGAAUGUACAGGAAUAAUCAGUACAACAGUAUAUUAUUAUUAUUAUUAUUAUUAUUGUUGUUGGUGUAAUUUAUUGUAAUCGAGAUUUCCGUGGGAAUUAAUCGGACCGCGUAAUAUUGCGUUGUGCCAUAUGAAUAACAUUGAUUUUUACACGCUACCGCAGGCGACGCAGUUACGCGUUUAGUGGUUACCGGUUACCCUGUAGUGAAAUAUCCUGCGAUGACUCACGACGACGAUGGAAACGACGAGACUCGCAGUGUAACUGCUGCAGCGUUCUCAAACUGAAAUUAUUACUCGCGUUCCUUAAAAGGUCCGUUUGAACAUUACUGCUUUAAUGGUUUAAUUUUUUUUAUUUUUUUAUUAUUAUUAUCGGACGUGUAGUAAUUUUUAUGUUUCCCAGUAACUUUGAAAGGAUUCAGUUUGGACGAAAACCGUGUACGCCUAUAAUACCCUAUUAUAUAAUACGACUCUGUGUUACAGAUUACUAAAUAGAAUAACGCGUGAUAUAAAUUAUAAUGAUAUUUUUUAUUAUUAUAAUUUUUAUAAAUCUGGCUUUUAAAUUACCAAUUUCCAUAUUCGAUUUGGGUAUAAAGAAGACGAUUUUACUUUUUGUUUGCGAUUUUUAUUUGUUACGUCCUUUCCCGUUAAUAAUUCCCGGGCACGCCACUGAUCCAAGCCAUUUAGUUCCAUUGUCGCUUCCACAAUUUUCCUCCGUUGGUCUCUAUGAUUUGCUAGCUCUUCACCAUUUAAUACUCCUAAAAAUCUAAGGUCCUCUUUGACUCGGCCUUCCUACAUCGUUGUCUUGGUCUUUCUCUCUGUAGACUUUUAUUGGGUUUCCAUUUUGUAAUAUUCCGUAUACGUUGGCCCUCUGUCUUCCAUACAAUAUGUCCGGCCCACUUUAAUCUCUGGUUUUUGAGCGUGGCUACUAUAUAUUAGCAUUAGUGGAAUAAAGCGUUAAGUUCUCUGUUUGAUCGUAUUUCGUAUUUGCCUUCUUUAUGUUUUUUUAUUCCAAAAAUAUUCACAAGAUUUUCAUUUCAAAAAUCAAUAAAUUAAUUAAUAAAUUAUCAACGAAAUAAUAUUAAUAUGCCGACAAUAAUAUACGAUAAUGUUAUCAAGCGAUUCGAGUAACGGGUCGUUUAUUAUCGAUAUUAUUAUUACGAAAUCUUGGGAAACCGCGAGUAUGCCCAAUAUUUAUGUCCAUUGCCCGUAUAUGAAUAGAUACCGACGUAUCAUUUGUUUAUUUUUCGUAUGGCCGGACAAUAACGAUCCACGAGAUAUUACGAUGUGGACACGGUACAUGCAGCAUCUGCGUUAUGCGUUAGGCGUGUACGCAGUCACAUAUUUUGUCGUAAUAUUUUUCGAAGGCCUCGGCUAUUUUUAAGCGCUUAAACCGAAUAUCAAUAUGCGGUAUUCUUUUAUAUCCGACGUAAAUAAAAAAACCAGACGUUCUUCGUCGAGGACGUUUUUAUUGAAAAACAAUAAUAUAAUAUAUAAUACGAAUACCAUUCGUGUGUGUAUCGUUUUCCCCUGACGUAAUAGAUAUUUCGUAAUAAAAUAACGAAGACCCGAAGCUAAACAGAUCUGUUAGGCCCGACCUAAAUAAUAUACAUAGCACAGAGGGUAAGUUUUUUUUUUAACACGGUCCAGCGAUUAUAAUAUCUGUGUGAAGAUUGCGAGGACAUUUUUCCCGGUUGUUAUUAUAAUACAGAACCGUUUAAUCGGGCGAUAAAUUUUAUAUCCAGUAAAAAUAAUGAUAACCCUUCCUUACGUAUCUGGUCUAGAUUUUCAACUAUUUAAACUCAUAAGCUCAUCAAUAUAUAUACUUACUUGAUACAUUAUUGAAAUGUUUGGAAAUGUUGAUAAUAGUAUCACUAUCGUUUGUCAUAAAUAGGGUAAAAUUUCGUUAAAACGAGUCAAAUGGAAAUCUGUAAUAAAUUAAUAGAUUGAUUUAAACGUUUAUGUAUAUUUUGAUGUUGACAUUUUUGAUUUUCGUCAACCCUUACGGGUUAUAGGUUACAAUAUCUGUUGCAAAUGAAAAGUAUAGGUUGUCGUUUCACCAUACAAAAAGGAUUUAAACCAUUUUAUUAUGUCUUAAAUUGUCAAAAAAGUUAAUGUUUUCCGGGAUAUACCAAUGGGCGCAUCUCCGCGGGACACCAUGUAUAUAAUAUAUGUAUAGAACGACUGAACAAAAUAUCCGUCGACAAUUGCCGUAUCAGUGAUUUUUGGGUGACUAUUGCGGACAAUGAAUGAAUGAAAAAUUCUGGAAUUCAGAAAAUAUCGUUGAUAAAUAUGUCUAUAGGUAUAUGGUUUACGCGGUUUAACGGAGCGCAAUCAAUGGGCGCGACGUGCGCAUAUUGUUUUCGUGAUAACGCGUUCGGGUUGGCUGCGCAUAAUAUCGACGACGAGCAACGGAAAUCCGAAUUUACGCCCGCGACGACGGCCGCUGUCUGUUUUGUAUAUAGGUUUUACAAAUCGGCGACGACUUAUAAAAAAUAUUGUCGACUCUUUUAACGUAACGGAUAUGGACGUUAAAUCUUCUUCUAUAGAUCGUUUUGACAGAUGGUUUAUCACUUGAGCAACCAACCGAAUGCGUGCCGAAGUUUCAAAACAAAAUGAUUAUAAUAUACCUACUCUGCAGUGCUGGCGCGACGUAUCGACUUCUCGCCAGUGAUUGAUAAUAAUUGAUGUGUUCCGGUUUUGGCACGUCAUCAUCAUCAUCAUCAUAUACACACACACACACACACACAUACACACACACGAAUAUAUUAUGUUGCGAAAUGUCGCGAACGCAUCGUCAUAGGUCAAAUACGUGAAUUCACGUAGGCCAAAACUAUAAUUUCAAGAGCAAAACAAUUGCACAAAACACUGUCACGGGUUGUUGUUACGACGGUAUUGCGUUUCAGAAAUUAAAAACGAUUUCCGCGGAAGUCCUUUCGUCUUGAAAAUGUCGGGAAUUUAACAACGCCUACAAACCGGAACCGGUCGAAUACAGUACGGUUGCGAGAGCAAUGUCGAAAAGGGUUAUUCGAAUAUUAGAAUUUUACUUUUGGGCGCGACAAGAAUACAAGGGGGACGCGGACAAUGCUCGUUUUAAUGAAACGUAAUCUACAGACUGUAUAUUACUGCAAUAUUGUCGUGUAGUAUACACGAAACGAGUUCUAUCCCUGCAUCACCGGCCACAAAACCCAAAGGUCUAUAGCCGCAUGCAAUUAUACAACGUCGAGUGUGACCCUUCGGUAGGUUUUUACGACGCGGACGGUGGGAAAUGUCAGCGAAACAUUGUACGGCGGUGAUUUUAUACGUUUUAAAAUCAGAUUUUAUGUGUAUAUUAUACAGAUAUAAUAUUAUUAUGGCCGUAGAAUUAUGUCGUGUUACACGGCUAUUCGUCAAAAUACUUAACGGAGCGUAAAAAAUCGUCUUUUUCUCUCACGAAAUAUAUAUAUAUAUAAAAAAAAAACCUACGACAUACAUAAUAUGAUUAUAGGUGCGUUUAUCUAUGUACGAUAGUCUAGAUGUACCUGGGUAUAUAAUAAAAACCUGGAAUUUCUUUUACCGUUUUGUCAAAUGAUACCGUCUGUGUCGAUAAUAUCGGGUCUUAUAACGGGCAGUAUAGGACCACCCAAAAUUUUCUAGUAGGAGAUACCAAAAUAAGUGUAGUUGGAUCCAUGAAUUCGGGAGUGAGGUCGAUCAGGUGCUCAUUUUUAAAUCGAUCGAAAAUCGUUUGCACUUGAAGUUAAUUUCAACUAACUCAUAGACCCCUCGCCCCCUGUUUAGUUCUGUAAUAAAGUUUGUAUUAUAUAACGUCAUGUGACUUCUUCGUCGCCUUCAUUCCAAUUAUUUGCUGUCGGUUGGGUGGGUCGGCUAAUUAUUAUUUCAUAUUUAUGUGUAUAUAAUAUAAUAAAAAAAUAAAAAAUACCAUUCCCAUCAGUUGCGUACGUGUACGAUAUACCUAUAUAACGUACUCGUGUCUCAUUUAAAUCGAAGACGUUUUUAUGCUACUUAUGACAUUUUUUUAGGCGUUUUGAAAAAUUGUUUAUUUUGGGCAUUAGUCAGACAUCCUUAGAACAAGUCUUGGUUAUAUUAAUAAUAUUGUUCUGUCUUCGUUUAUUCGAAUCGCAUAUACGAGCAUCGCAAUAAUCAUUUGUUAUUAAUGGUCAAUUUUCCUGUACGGUUUUUGUUUUAUUUUCAAUUAUAUAAACUAAAAAAUUGUACGUAAAAUAAAAAUCUCCGUAACUCUUAAUAUUGAGCGAUUUAAUUUUACAAACCAAAUCUCGAAAAGUUAUUAAUAUUAAUAUUGCUUAUAUAUUAUUUACGCGUUUUAUCCCCGUGAAAUCUUAACUUUAUAUAGAGUAGGCAGUAUAAUUCGUAUAAUACACAACACUAAAUACGCACAUUGAAAUGGAAUUUAUAACCUAUUGUGUAUUGGGAUUAAAUUUGAUUAUUUUGAAACGUAACACAAUUCCGAAAGGGGUACUUGUAACAGAACCGCGCAGUUGGAAUUAAUAUGCAAGUUAGCAAAAUGAACGGAAUUAAGGUUAUUCGAGACUGAUACGAACCCGUCGUAGUAUAGGAACGAACUAACUAUAUUUUAAAAAAUGGUUAUUAUAAUAAUUUGACCUACAAUAUUUCGUGCAUUAUCGCAUUGUGAUAACGACACAAUUUUGUAAUAACAACGAUAAUACUUGUUUACAUUAAUGUCGGGAUUUACUUUUAUCUUGUUUCAAUUUAUUUGUUUUUUUUAUUUUAUAAUUUUACAUUUAAAUUGAUGUUGUUUACUAAUCGGUGCUAUUUACAAUAUAUCAGAUAAACUACCAACAUAAUAAAAUAUUUAUCGGUUUUUCGUAAAAUAAGAGUCUUGUAAAAUUUGUUUAUUUUACGGCCCUUUUACUUUACAGACCGCGGUGUGUAGUAACCAGUGUAGCGCUUGAACACUAUUAUAUUAUACUUUAUCUUUUUUUUUUUUUCGAGAUGUCACCUUCACUUCUACAGCAUACCUACUUUUGUUGAACAAGUAACUCUUUACAUUUUUUGAUACGCAUCAGACACCCUAGACAAUUUUAACAUUUUUCGAGUGGAUUUCAAAGUUUUAAAUAGGUAGUGUAAUAUAAAAUAUAAAAGGUUAAAAAUAAUUUUUUUUUUUUUUUUCAAUAUUAUCUCGGGGAAAUUAUUAAUUCUAUUAUUUAUGUGCCAGAGUAAAAUCGUGCAAAAUUUUUGCACAAUGAACCUCCCAAACCCUCGUCCACUCAAAAAAAAAAAACAAAAAAUAAUUUCUGUUGACGACAGAAAGGGGAGAAAAGUAAGCGGUUACUUUAAACUAAACAAACAAUACUAAAUAAUUACGUUCUUUGGUUUCGGCCAGAACAUAAAAAACAAAUUUACUGUCACCUAUCUUUAUCCUCUUUCCUUGUAUUGAUUGUUCGGUUCUAUUAGCUUUGAAUUUCUUAUAUUGCAGUCCAUCCACCUUUUCCCUUUAUCCUCGGGGUCGUUUUCAAUCACUUUUUUUUCACACGUACCCGCCCUUAGUAAAUCAUCUUUUUCUAAUUUUCUUCAUUUUUGGUGGGCUGUUGAAAGAAUAUAAAAUACUUUUUACAUAAAACUGAGUAUAUUAUGUAUCAGAAGUGGGUAAAAAAUCUUAUCCGUUGGUAACUUAUUCAUCCGUCUGCUGUGACAAAAUUGAUUGUUUUAUUAUUAUGAAAAUAUAAGUUUCAACUGAUUUACUCGUCUAAACGUGAAUAUAAUAAUAACAAUUUCAUCAUGUAUACUUUGAAACGUGAACAAUAUUGUGUAAGUAGUGUAUGGGCUCAUUAUUACCAGAUGAUAUUAUUUCUAUCGUAUGUUAAGGUUAGGUAUACUUGGUUAAGACGACUAGACAACAAGAAUGAAACUCGACGGAGGCUACAAUAAUAUGUCCCAUGAUAUACGAACCGCGGCACUUCUAAAAAAUUGCUUUGUAGCAUUGUGUGCAAUUAGGACUAUGGUAGAUUUAGUUUAUUUUUCACCAUCUAUCAUAUUACAUACAAGCUGUUAAUGCAUUAUCGGUUUAUGGCGUCUAUGCGAUGAUAAGAUACCGGGAUUCAUCAUAUUCCACAAUUGCAGUCGUUGAUAUAGAAUUUUGGCUCUGCGGUCCAUUAAAAAGAUAUAGGAUGAGUAUAUUUAAUUAAUUUAUUAUAAAACCGUUUUAUAAUAUUUUGUUGCGUGCUAUUGAUAUGGCCAAUCGGUAUCAUAAAUUACUGAUUAUUUAUAACUCUCCGAUAAUAUGAUCAUUGUUUUUUUUGUUUUUUUUUUUUUUUAAAUAAAAGGUUAAUUGUAAAAAGGUUUUAAAAAAAAUAUAUUUAUCAUAAAAAUGCAAAUGUCCAUUAGGGUCCAUUAGGCAUUCAGUAAAAUUAUUUUUUCCGUACUAUAAUAACCGUAAACUAACGGUGUUCGUUAUUUUCACGAAACGACCAAUUUCUCUAUGAGUGGAUGCAAUUCAAAUAUUAAUAACUCAUAAUUUAUUUAAGUGUUGAAAAUAUUACGUUAUUAUAAAAUAUAAUUUUUUUUUUUUUUAAUUCUCUAUGCAUGUAUAAUGGCCAAUUUAUUUUAGGUUACUUUAAAUCUACAUACUCCCACUCUGAGUUUAUUCAGGGAUAUCCAGGUGAACCGUUUCAGAUUGUUUCCUGUACUCCUGUUGGAAUAGACACUAUACGAGUUGAUUCCCGGUUGGUUUACAGGUGACAUAAUUUACGAAUUGGUUCCGAUGAACCAUAGUUUCAAUAACAAAAACAGAAUCACAAACCAACGUCAAUUUUCCCACCGUUUUACAAAUACAGACUUAUGGCUGGACCGAUUAGCUAUAGGCAAUACUUUAAGGUUUGUGUUUGACGGAUUGAUUAACAAGUUUUACAAGAUCGGUAAAACUUGAUGUCUAAACCUAUUUUCACGUUCGGGAACCAAUUCGAAUAGUUUUUUUUUUACCCAGCAAUCAAUUCCGUAAUUUCCUUUUGGAAGGUAUAUUCCAUAGGUUCAAUUUCGAGCUUUAUUGCGUUGUUCAUAAAGGUGGUUUUUUUUCUCUCUUCGCGCUCAUUCAUGAGUCGUUAUUGUUUGGAUAAUAUCGAUUUUGUUGUCAUCGCGGCGAAAGUGAAUUAAGAUAAUAUUUUGUUCUUCUCGAAUAUUAUGUAAACCAAAUAAUGUCGUCCGUAAUCAUUUAAAUAUAUUUUUAUGGACCAAUUAAUUAUUGUAACGUUAAUAGUGCUAUGAUACACCUGAUAACGCAUAAUAUAAUACUAUUACUGUUAGUUAUUAAAUUUAAUAAAUAUUUUCGCGUCCGACGUCGAGUGCCGAGAUAACAAUAGCCACGCUCUAUAACCUUAUAAUAUUAUGUUGUAGGUGCCUGGCACCGAAUACGAUAAAAAUGAUAACGCAACUCGCGCUAACCCGCUGGCGUUAUCGCUCCGCGCAUAUAGGUGGUCGAGUUAUUUAAUGAAACCGUGCUCGUUUCGAUAAACAAAAUGUUUUGUUCGCUCGGUUUCAGGUGGGUAUAAACGUACACGCGUGUGCAAAACCGCGUUUCGAAAAUAUUAUGCACGUUUAGUCGAUCCCGUGCGGUUCUUCGUUUCGGUGUGCGCACGAUACUCGAACGGUGGUUGUGCGCGCGUUUUGUGUGUUUUAACUCGUUCAGGAUAAUAUCAUUUUUGGACAUUCCGUUCGCGAAUAAAGGCCAAGGGGUAAGUGUUUACAGGCGUAUUGUUCCGUAUCGUGUGUAUGAAUAAUGGCGCGUUAAAUGCGAUUUCGUUCGACCGGUAAACGACGUUACGGCUGCGGCUGACAAAUAUUAUGUGUAUGGGUUUUCUCAUUUUCAAGUGGACGUCGUAAUGACAUUAUUUCACCGGCAUCCGCCCGUAAACGACGCGCGCCGACUGGCCCACAGAGCGUUAUAACCGUUUGUUUUUAAUCGCGCACGCACAUGGUUUUACGUUAAUACGCAUUAUGGAAUUGUUAUUAUGACUGCCGCAAGCCAUUUAAUAUUAUAUUCCCACUUAAGAUUUGAUUUUUUUUUUCCAUCCGUUCUUCGGGAUGCGUGUACGGUGAUAUUCUGUAACGUAUAUACAAAAAAAAAAAAACCGUUAGCUUAUUAUAUCGUUUAUUAUUGAAAUAAACUCUAAAACCCGUCCGCGGUGUCUUUCAAACUAGGUAGGUUUUUCUAAUAAUUCAGGGGCAGAUUGACCCGCCGGGAAUUCGGGAAUUUUUCCGACGGACCGCUCCGUAAGCAAUAUCACCCACUUGAUUUGUAAUGUUAUUAUUUAAUUAUCGCUACAUUUAUAAAACGAUUUGUGAAUAAGUUUUUUUUUUUUUUUUUGUAUCAAAAAAAUAGAAAAAUAAAAACGAUUGUCUAAUGUACGAACUACAUGAAAAUGAUUAGUAUCACCAGUGUCGUAGAUAACGAAAAUUGCAUGUAUUUCGCAGUGUAAAUUUUAUCUGCACGAGUACAGCGUGUGAAUUUUGGUGGUGUGGCAAAAGAUACUGGUGUGUUUUUAUCAUAAAACGUUCCUCUACGAAAUGUUCGAGAUUAACAUAAUUCUGCUACCAAUAAUAGCCGUAUCAGGUGUUUAUUGGCUGGUCCAAACCUUCUACCGUUGUAAAGAGGAUAAUGUCCUAAAUGUUAACUUAAACCAUACUAGCUCAAUUAAAUGUAACAAAAUAUUUAACAUCAUUUAUAUUACACUAGUACAUUAAAUAAUACAUUUCAUGUACCAUUGAAUACACACGCUGGUACUCACCACUGCGGGUAACAUACCAACGAUACGCCACUGAAUACACACUUAUACGUUAAAAAAAAAUCAAAUUAUCGGAGUAAAUAUUAUGACAUCGAUUUUCUACUUAUACCAAUGCGAUAAAUGUUUGGGGAAUUCUAGCAGCGACGUCCAUAGAAUAGAAUAAGUACGGAUACUUACGGAUACGUAGAUAACACUGAAAAAUCAAUGACCACUGUAAUCUGAACGAGAGAAGAGUUCAGUUCAACUCUGGAAUUUCGCGGUUGGCUAGAUAGAGGUCUUGGUCGCUGAAUUUUACCGAGAUUACAACGGCCAAUCAGAAUGAUACGACAAAAAACACGCGGCACGACGACACGGCGUCGCUGUCGAUUAAUUAGUAAAGACUUGAUGCGUGCUAAUCGAUCUUUACAACGCAAUCCUAUAAUCAUAUAGAACCACCAACGCCAAUCUGCAUACAUAAAACAUGUUUGGCGAAUACGACACUUUAACCAUCAUAGUUUGGUGCGCCACUGGUCCCCCGGGGAAAAACGGGAACGGAGAAUCGCAAUUGAUUUUUUUACAUAUUAUGACGUAUGCAUAGGUAUGUACAAAUACUAUAAAAACCAAACACUCGGGUACCUAUAUUUAUAUUUGAAUAAUUACACGUUAUGACGUACGACGAAUCAAAUGCAACAUUCCACGUUUAAUAGAUUCAAUGAUUAUUAUGGAUAUUUCCGAAAAUAAUAUUUAAUGGGAAUAAUGCAAUUCGAUCGCCAACAUUUUUACAUGUCUGUGUCGCGACUCUAUAUAGGUAGAUACGAAUUUGUGCGCAAUUAUAUAAUAUGCAAUAAUAGUAAUUAUCAAGUUAAUGAUUUUCAAUACAAGGUAAUCCGGUUGAUUAGUUAUCGAUAUUGUAUUAUUAUAUUGUAGUUUUAGAUUCCUAAAGCUAUUAUGGCGUAGUUGUGCUACGUAGGUACGAGUUUGUUUACAUGGAAUAGACGAGGCUAAAGUAUCUAUUGCAGAAUAUUAUUGUAUGUGCCCAGGUAUCCGUUAUAAUAUUGUUACGUUAAAAAAAAAAAAAUGAAUAAUAUAAUAUAAUAUUAUAUGAAAUAAUUUCCUCGCAAUAAUAUAUACGGAGCUAGAAAUAACGUCUUACUAUAGCGAGUAAAAUAUUCUUAGAGAAAAAAAAAGUAGGUCGAUAUUUACAGAGUAAUUUUUGUUUUUCGAACACAUAAGUGAACGGUUCCUGUUUAGAUAAAUCAUAAAAAUUCUACAACGAGCAAAAUGUCUAUGAAACUAUUAAUCCCGUUUAAUUUUACUUAGAUUAAUCUCGUUAAUCCGCACUACAUAAUAUACUGUUUGUAUAGUUGACUGCCACGUGUAAGUCAAAUAGUUCGCAUUGUGUUGGAAUCAAUAAAAAAAAAAAAAAAAACAAAAUUGUCAAUACCUAUGUAUCUAAUUCUACGCAUUAUCGGCGUGACAUACAAAGGCAGUGAAAAAACUAAACUCAGUAUUAUUGUUUUUCGUAAAUUUAGCACAAUAAUAUUUGUACACUAAUAACUUUAUAACUAUAACAAUAGUUGCCAUUGAUAAUAUACUAAAUUUACUGUAUAGACUAUUUUACUUAAUCUACCAUUAUCGUGUAUAAUCGUACGCGAGACAAUCAUAUUAUUUAAACGAAAAGUAAUUAUCAUUUUUCAUCAGGGUUUCAAACCGAAAUGGUUUUUUUCGUUUAAUAAUUUUCGUCCUUCUAUAAUUUGUUUCGGUUUAAGUAACCAGUUAAUAAUGUUCUUAAUGUCCUAAUGUUCUUUUUCUUAAUUUUUUCUUUGAAAAUAUAAUUUAAAAAUACUUAUUUGAAAAAUUAACAUUUAGGACUCUGGAGACAUACAUAAACAAUUUAGUUUUAAUGUUUGUAAUCACUUUAUAAUAGCAGAUAAAAUUAAAGCAGACGAUAAAUAAAAAAAUACAAAAAAAAAACCUAAUAAACACAGGAAAAACACUUUUUUAUGGCACGAUUUCACGCUAAAAUAAAAAUCCAAUUAUUCGAUAAUAGGAACGAUGAUAACUCCAUUUGAUUUGAAAGUUUUUAAAACCAUGAUCAACUUAACUAAUACAAUUAAUCAAAAUUCACUUAAAAACUGUAAAGAAAACCUAUAAUUUUGUCAAAUGUUAAAUUUAAAUUUCCCAACUGCUGAACAGUUUGUUAAAAACACAUAAUAUUUUAAUCGUUCAAAAAAUUAUCUUGGUUUCACAAAGAGUUUUUGUUUUUGAAAUCGUAAGUUAACGACUUAACGUGUAUAGGCUCGUAUACAUUUUCUUAGAUAACCGGUUUACUCAGGUUUGAAUCCCUGAUUUGAAUUUUCAUGUCCUAUAGCUAUUUAAAUAUAUAAUUUAUUCGAAUUUAGUUUUAUAGUUUUUACUUGUCUGGUUAAACAAUAAUUGCACUUGUUGAUAAUGAAUAAUGAUUAUUUCCCCUAUAACUGAUUACUAUAGUAACUAGUGAAUAGUUAAUAGGUCUUUGAUAAUUUGAGCUGAUCUUUUUAUAUCUGUAUUUAUUUAUUUUUAUUGGUUGGUUCGAAAAAUCGCUAGUUUAUACCAAAAAGCGUUGCAGAUAUGACCUAACAAUAUACAGCAUUUUAUUUUGCAUAAUUUUACAUAUAUUGAUAUUUUUGGAUAUUUUAUAAAGAGUAUUUUAAGGAUUUCGUACAUAUUUAGAGCAUAUUUAAGACAUUUUCAACAUGAUUUUUAUUAUUCUUUUUCUUUUUUUUUAUAUUUUAGUAUAUUUUUAUUUUUUUGGUAUUUUUAAUGCCUAUACCUGCAUUUAUAUUUAAAUAUUUUUAAGCAAUAUUUACUUUAAUGAUAAUAAUACAGAAACAGUAUCUAUUUUUAAACGUAUAAUCAUCGUAAAAAUGAAAAAAUGUAUUUACGAAAUAUAUUUUACACACAUUUUCUCAAUAGAAGACAAUAACGGAUCUGAAUAUCUUUAAAUUUACGUGAAACAUUCAACGUAAACAGUUUAAUGGCUUACAAUUAAUUAAUAUUUAGCAAUACCUUGUUUUAAUUAAAAAAAUAUAACAUUUUUUAUGAAAAAAUAGUUUUGACAUAACUCUACUUAUGCCAUUUUUGUUGGUAGUUAACCUAAAACCGUCAAUUAUAUAAAAACAGUGAUCGUUUAGCAGUGACACUUGUGACACAAGUAACAAUAUCUUUAUUAUUUAUGAGUUCCAGUAGUAAAUAACUUUAAAAAAGUCCAAGAGGAGAGGCGCAUAAUUUCCCCUUUACUCCCCUAAAAUCCGCCACCGAUAGAAGAUGGUGGAAAGGAUAAUUUUUACGAGUACAACGUAUGAAAACCUAUGAUAUGUACAAAUACAAAUACUUCAAAUUGUUAACAAGGCAUUACAAUAUAAUGGUAUUUAAAUAUUAUAUAGAUAGAUUUAGAUAACGAUGACUGUUCAAAAUAUCGACGAAUGUAUUUUUUAAAUAUUUUAAACGUUACUACAAGCAUUUUUAGAUGUUCAUUAUGUAUGUAUGCGUGGACCUAACCUUAAAUAAUUAUUAUGCAUAACUUCGUAUUAUUCGAUUGAAAACGCGAUUCGUGUAGUAAACAAUAUAUUGUAUACUGUAAGUUUGUAAUCUAAUCUUUAUAAUACCAUUGUAGUUUCUUUAAAUAUUAUACUGUCCUGCUCUUAUCAUUGUGUCACUAUACAGCAUGUUGUUGGUCACCUACUUGCAUAAUCGUGAUCAAAAAUCUUGAUUGAAAUCUAAUAAAUUAUCUAUAUUUUAUUGAAAAAUCAUACUGUAAACCGAUUAUAUUAUGCGGUAGAAAUUCAUAAAUUAUUUAUAUCUAUGUAACAUCAUAAUAUAUAAUAAUUAUUAUAAUAUAUUAUAAUUAUAUCCAUAUAGAUACAAAUAGAAUAAAAAAUUAUGAAGUAAUAAAUCAACUCUGUCGAAGCACAGUAGUAUUAUGCGUAUUACGCAUUAUUGUAGCAGAAACUGAUAUUUAAAUACACACGUUAAUAAGUUUACCAUAUUUGUACGAUAAUAUUAUAAUGUAACCAUGUAGAAGUACAACAUGCGUUCCAACAUCUAAUAAUAAUGUAGGACGAACUCCAAAAUAAAAAUCUCGAAAAUAUCAAAUGAAAUUGUAUAGCUCAAAAAAUCUAACCAACGUCUAUAAAAUGAUUACAUUAGUAUUUUGUGAACAUUUCAGGUAUCUACGAUUAAUUUAAACCUAAUUAUAAUAAAAAAACCAAAUAAAAAAUAAUUAAACCGUUAUCACCGUAAACUUUCUUAUUUUUUUUUUCAAAUAUUAAGAAAACCAACACAUAGUUAACCAAUAAUACAUUCCUCGUUUCGUCCAAAACUUAACCUUCAGUACUAAUAGCAUACCUGUAUUUCGUACUGCAAAGAUAGCAAACGUAUUGGGAAUAAUUGAAUUUUAUAUAGUUGUAAAAAACUAAUAUUAAAAUAUUAUCUAAACGAUUUAAGUCUUAAAUUAUAAAAAAUCCUCGUUUAGAAAUAAUUAGUUAACAUGAAAACGUUUCAGCUAAUAUUUGAUAUAUUUAUAAAAUAAAAAAAAAAAAAAAAAAAAAAAAAAAAAAACUAGAAACGAACAUAUUUAUUACUAGUCGUAUAUUUGCAAAAAAAAUGUUCAAGUAUGUUAAAAUUUAAAAAUAAACAAGUAUUCGUCUUAUAUUCUUAACUAUUUCUUAAAGAUAUAUUAAUUUCUUUUGCGGGAGUGUGCCUUUUGUUUUUCAGCAGAAAUAUUCGUAGUCUUAUCUUGAAAGCAUUUAUUUAAAAUAAAAAAAUAAUAACAUAUCUACAUACCUUAUGUGUUAACAAUUUUCAAAAAAAAAAUAAUCGUAAAAUAUAUUUAUUAAUAAGUCAAUUAUAUAGUUUAUAAUCGAUAGUCUUUAUAUACUGCACACUGCACAGUGUAUUAAAAAUAAAAUAAAAUAAUAAUAUUUGUUAGUGUAGUGGAUAAUUUACAUAAAAAUAGCAAAAAAAUAAUGAUAAACGAGAAUUCUUUUAUUCGCAAAAUAGAAAUUUCAUAAGCAUUAAAAUAUAAUUAUCUGAUAAAAAUAAAACAUAAUUUUUCGUACAAUAGUUUAAUUAUUUUCAUUCGAAUUAUUUUUAAAUAUUAAUUAAAAAAAAAAAAAAAAAAAACAGAACAUACUUCGCACUAUGCGUACCAUGUUUGACCACUAUCAGGGACGUAUUUAAGAUUUUCGUGAUGUAAAUUUAUUUGUUUGAGGGUACUUUACUUAUUAUAAUAUAUAAUAAUAAUUUAUAUUAAAUACAUAAAUAGGGUAAUUUAACUUAUGAACUGAAAGCAACGUAUAAAUCAUUAUACAAUUAAAAAAACGAUUCUGAGCGAUGAUACGAGGUAAAUAACGAGAAUUUAAUUUUAGCGCUUCAAGUAGUAACACUAAUGUCACCGAAUUAAGCUAAUCAUGAAGUUAGAAAGUUUUUACACUUAAUUGAUCAAAGUUUGAUCGUAAUCGAAUUUUAAUCUGUGUUAUACGGUUUUUGAAAGACGGUGGUGCUGAACGUACGUUGAUGUAUUUUCAGUUUUUUUUUAAUUUUUAAGAAAAACCACCAGAUUUCUAGACAUAUGUUCACGAAUAAGUAUACAUGUAAAAUGUCGGAAAUCGCGUAUCUUGUACUGCGUGAAAACAUCCAAUCUCCAAACCGAAAAAGACAUCCUAGUUAAGAGUUUAUAUUUUUUAUCGCUAAAACCAUGAUACGAGCAUUAUGCACAUUAAACACUGUGCAGUCAUAGUAGUAUUAAUGGGGGCCAAAAUAAAAACAAAAUCCAUAUUCGGUAGUUUUACACAACAGUGGCGUAACUAUACAUAAUGGCGAUUGCAGGAUUCCGUUGUGGGAAAGGUUUAUUAUACUAUUUUGUUCGAGCAUAUUUGAAAAAUGACAUUUAUUUUAUUACCUAUACGUAUGCGCAUUCUGUUAUUCGCCAAAACUCACACUAUAAAUUAUUUAAAACGCCGUAUAAUACCGUCGAAACGGUCGCUUUAUACCCGUCUUUCUAUAAUGAAAUCAGAAUCGAGUUUUGAAUGUUAUAAUAUUAUUGUUGUGUACGGCCCGACGACAGUGACUUCAUUAUGGGUUAUCGUGGGUAACGUCAUCGCCAUUUCAUCGAUUAUACAAUUUGAUAAUAUGUAAAGAAACGUAUAGUUAAUAGAUAAUAAUAUAUUAUACGCCUAUUAAAUAAAUUGUCAUAAACAAUAAUAUAUUAUAAACAAGUUUCCACGUGCAUAUAGUAGAGAUUAUCGUAAUAUUUUUGUAAUAAUAUAAUAUGUAAUUUAAUAUUGUUAUGUUUAGAAACAAAAAUAUAAGAACGUGAUAAACUUUAAAUAUUAUUCAAUUAUUUAUAGUUUUGUUUAUAAUAAAAAAAUAUGCGGUUCUGUGCACUGUGUGACGGUGUUAGGUUCUGGGCGCGGCGGUCUAAUUUCACUUGGCUCGGCGCAAAAUAUGCGUAUAUUUUAUAUUGUGCAUUAGGUGGGUACCCGAUGUUCUUAUACGUCACUUAUCGUUUACUAAUAACAAGCUGUUCGAUUAUAGAGCUCUGGCAGGGUUAAAACGCAAAUGUUUAUUAUCUAUUAUUUUAUUUUCGAAAGUGACCGAGCUGAACAAUUUUAAAAAUAUUUCAGUUGCAUGGUCACUGUGGACGCAGAGAUCGUACCUCAGUUUUUUGAGAAAAAAUAUGAAUAUUAUCAGACGAAACAGUAAACCUAUUGAAAUGAAACUAUAAUGACUCGUUAAAAUCAAAUUAAAUUAUUAAUUUAAUUGUAUUAAUCAUAAUAAAUUAAUAAUUUUUUCAAGGGGAAUGGCACGGAGUUAAAUAAUGAGGGUAAAUUAAUAAUUAAUUAAAUCAUAAAAUAUUUUACUGAUCUUGGUAGAAGGGUAGAUAACUAAAAAAAAAAAGGUUAUUAAUAUAAUUUUAAUAAUGCCCACCUCUCCUCCAGAAUCAUUGUCUGGAUUCAACACUGCGUUUGACCAAGGUGGUAUUUAAUAUAUUCAAUUAGGUAUUCAUUUAUGUUUGUUAACUCUGUGCCCUUCCCCUUGAAAAAACUAUUAAUUUAUUAUGAUUAAUACAAUUAAAUUAAUAAUUUAAUUUGAUUUUAACGAGUCAUUAUAGUUUCAUUUCAAUAGGUUUACUCUUUCGUCUGAUAAUAUUCGUAUUUUUUCUCGAAAAACUGAGGUACGAUCUCUGCGUCCGCAGUGACCAUGCAACUGGAGUAUUUUUAAAAUUGUUCAGCUCGGUCACUUUCGAAAAUAAAAUAAUACAGGGAUACUGAUUUAUUGUUUUAUCCGAAUGGGUUUUAGGAAUUAAAAUAUAAAUAAAUAAAAAUUCAUCUCGACGAAAUCUAUAAUUACGCGGGUUCUCGAAAACAACUCGCGUUCUGCGUGUAUCUACCUGUACACGGAAACGCGAAAGAUGUCGUAAUUUUCGAAAUUUUGCACCGGUAUUUAUGUAAUUGGUAUUUUCGGCGUUUUAAAAUUUACGAGAUAAUAUUCUCGGACGGCGUUUGUACAACGUCAAAACACGUCGGUAUACUCACUAAUUAUUUUAUAUUUUGUGGCAUAUUUUGCAAUACUUAUUAUACAAUAAUAGUUCAGACGUUUUCUAAUCAUGUUACAAUCAGUAUAAAAUAUUGGUUUUAUUUUUAUUAUAGACGAACGUUGCAAAAUUCAACAGAUUUCAACUGCGGAUUUAAUUGCGGACCGUUUAACUAUUUAAUCGGAUAGGUAUACCAAUAUACAUAAUAUAAUACAUAGUAAUACAUGGUAUUUAUUUUUUUUUAAGUACCAAUACUAACAACAAUAGCACGCGAAAAAGAUUACGGCUUUUACAGUUAUAGAAUAUUAUACAUUUUAAUGUAAAUAAAAAAAUCGCAUCGUGUUUUCAAUUCUAUAUGACCUAAACGAAAAGUAAAUCGCACCUGAAAAACCUGAAAUUGUUUUUAUUGCAAAUUUAUUGGUAUAUAUUGGAAAAAACUAACAAAAAAAAAAUACAUACCGUCGAAAUCCGUUAUAUAGUAAAAUCCAUUUAAUCAAUUAGUCAUAAUAUUAUUCUGCAGUCGGGCUUACGUUAUCGUAUAGGUACCAAUGAUAAUAUUGUAAAAUUAACGAAUACGGACGUGAAAAUAUUCGAUCGAGUUCACACUUUUAGCAAUACAAGGGACGAGAAUAUCACAAUAUGUUUGUUUGUUACGACCGUGUUUUUUUUUUUAUUUUUAGAACAAGUUCGACUACCGAAGCGCAUUAUAAUAUAAUGAGUACAUUAUUAUCGCGUCGUGAACUCGCAGGCGCUGAAAAAACCGCCGCCGUGUGGACGCUAUAAUAUUCCGUGACAAACGACACGGAUAGCCUCUCCUUUACGCCCUCCUCCCUCUCUCCGCCUAAAUAUUAUUAUUAAUAAUUUAAUUUACGGCCGUACGUGCCGAACGAACGACUCGCUCCGCCGGUAAACCGUAUUUUCAAUUUUAUAUACUAUAUGUAUAUGUUCUACGUAAACACUGUAUGGACAACAUCGUUACGUAUGAAAACAUAAUCGGCGAAAAUAUCUAAUUUCAAGGGUCCGUGGUCUUCGCAAUGAAAUGUACUCACAACAUAUACGAUAUUAUAAUGAACGCGAUCGAGAUUUAGUUAGAAAAAAAAAAAAAACCGAGCGUGUUCGAAUUUUAUCGGUUUUUUUAACAGAUUUCUGUACUGGAAACCUAUAUUGUGCAAAAUACAAGUUAUAAGAGAUGCCUUAAUACCCGCGUGUACCGUAUAUGUUUUACUAACCCGCGCCCCAGAAAAUUUGCGUUCACCAGGAUUAAUUUUUUGCCGAUAGACGUCAGUUUUAAAUAUUACAGUGAUUUAACUGCAGUUAUCAAAUUUAAAUGAAUAAGAAUAUUAUUUGUGUUGGUGCGCCAAAGGAUUUUAAGGACUUAAAUGCACUAAAAAAUCAUUAAAAAUGCAUUUGAAAAUAAGCAUUUAUGAAUCAUAAAAUUAACAAGUACCUAAUAUGUAUAAAUACAAAAUUAUUACGAUUUCGAAAAAAUUAGAUUUUUUAUUUAUAUAUACUAAUAUAUAUAAUAUAUAUAUAUUAUAUAUAUAAUACUAGCUCUCCCACGUUGUCCGUACCAAUUUGUUUUAUCCUUUUAACCUUUAUUUCCGUUUUGCUUCGUAUCAGUAUAUUGAAUGAAAAAAAUAAGCGAAAAGUAAGUAGUCUUGCGGCGGACUAAAAAUUAGCUAGUGUGUUAUAUGUUUUUUCAUCCGUUUUACUAUAAAUACCAGCAUAACACAGGGAUUAAACCAUAUCUCCACUAUAAUAACGCUAAAAUUAUGAAGACAUAAUAGUAUACUGUAGUGUUGUGACUGUAUACUAAAAAAUACAAUGAUUCAAAAAAUGACGUGUUUUCGCUGUUCACUUACCCACCCAUACAGUUAAUAUUUCAAUAAUAAAUCUGCAGACAGCCAGAUAGAUUCUUUAUUUUAAGUUGUUAAUUUUUAUUUCUGUUUGUUAUUCAUUUUUUUAUUUUAAAUUUGUUUUCAUUUCAUCAUUGUUUUUAAUGUAAUCCAUAAUUUAACAAAAAUAAUUAAAUUUUCGUACCAAAAAUAUCUAAAAACCAUUCAUCACAUUAAUUAUUUUAUUUUCGCGACAAAAAGUAGCCCAUGUUUUUCUCCAAAGUCCUGUCUAUUUAUCUAAACAAAAACUCAUCAAAAUUGGUUGAGCGGUUUAAGCGUGAAAACGUAACAGACUGACUUUCACAUUUAUAAUAUUAGUUAGGAAGUUAGGAUUAGGAUUAUUAAAAUAAUAUAUUAUUCACUGUUAUUGAAAAAAUUGUAAUUAUUUUUUUAUUCAAUUUCCCAUGUACAUAAUAUAUCUAUGUAUAAAAAAAAAAAAAAAAAAACAAUACAGCCAUAAAUAUUGUGUUUCACUAUAUUAUAAUCUAAUCUACCUAGUGACCAUUAAGAUAUGAAUUACUCUCUUUAUGACAGUUUAAUUAAAUAAUUGUUGACCUUGAUUUAUGAUAAAUAUUUACCGAAGUACUUGUUAUCAAAAUAUGUACUAAAAGCUUAAGUUAUGAUUACAUAAUUAAAAAUAUAUAAUCAAAAUAUCGAAAAACACCGACGUUCAAACACAAAUAAUGUUCAUAACUUUAGGUAAUAGAUCGAUUCACAUUAAUAUUAAAAUAAUGAACGACGCAAAAUUGGUCGUGCUGAUGCAAAUUUCAUGUUCACCUAUCGUGCGUUUGUAAGACGGAGGACACGUAGACAGUACACGCGGAUACGACAUACUAGCUGUUAAAUGAUUUUUCGAAUUAAAUUGUUUUAUUUUUUUUAUUUGUUUGUAUAUAUUAACAAUAUUGAUCGUCGGAAUAUUAGUAUAAUAUUGGUCAUAAACCAUAAAACAAACUGUAUUCACGUUAUUUAGUUUUUAUAAAGAUAACGCAUUGUCACUGAUUAAAUAUAAAAUCAAUGAUAAUACAGCUAAUGGUGAAGUCCUUUAUUAUUAUUAUGGAAAAAAAAAAGAGAUCAAUUCUUUAUUGAUUUUUUUUUUUUAAUUACUUUAAAUAAUCAUUAUCCAUAUGUGUUUGUUUGCAUAUUGUUUAUACGAGAUCCAUAGCCGAAUCAAAUGCAUUUAGAAUCCUGAAAAUAUACAUUUAAAAGCGUAUAAACAGAUCCGCGUGAAUCUUAAAGUCGGAUUUCCAAAAUUAAAUUUCUAAAAACGCAAAUGAGUUCAAAAUGAGUAUUUUAUAGUUAGGUAUAUAGUUUUACAACAUUCGUUUGCUGUUAAUUUGUUUUUCAUAUAUUUAACAAAAUUAUUAUGACGCAAUAUAUGACAUUAUCACGAUUACUCCAACCGCACGCAUUUCCCCCUUGUUAAAUCGUUUAAAUGAACUUUAAUAAUCCUUCCGGUUAUAAUAUAAGUGCACAUACAAUCAAGCGUAUAUUAUAAUACAUUAUAUGCAUACGGAAAAUAUUCACUUUUAACUUUAAUCGUUUUAAAUUUAAUUUUGAUUUUCCAUAUUUGUUCAGUCAUCAUUGUAACAAAGCUUCGUUAUCAUUUAAAAUUCGUAUGCGAGUAGAUUAUUUAGCCUAAAUCCCUAAAGUUUAAAUUUUAAAAAAUUUAAAACGGUUUUUUACGAGUGUAAUCGAAAAAUGUUACGUUUUCUCUUAUAGUUUCUGUUUAGAAAGUCACUUUGAUAUCAGGAUCUUUCUUAAAUUACUGAUACUAAAUGCCUUAACACCGGUUUUCAAGUCUGACAAUAUUUCAGAUGCUAGUUAUUACAGUUCUAUAAUUGUUCUUACCUAUAUUGGUAGACUUUUCGAGUCUAUAGUAUUGCAAUGUAUCCAUGCCAGCCGCAAAUCAAAUCCUUAUCGAGGAACCGCAUGGUUUCCGUCCUAAUCGAUCUGUAAAUACGCGUAACUUGGUAUUAAUAUCUGUUCUUACCCAUCUAGGAAGUUCAGUUAAUGAUCUUGGGGUUUUAUUCAGUUCAAAUUUAAACUUCUACUCUCAUAUUAUAUGCUACAAGGUUUUGAAAACGGUCCGGUUUCUAAAAAUAAUUUUUAACAAAUUUGAAUUAUUAACCUCUAAAAGAUCUAUACUGUGCACUGUGCACUUGUUAGGUAGAUUCUAGAGUUUAGUUUUGUUAUUUGGGGCCAAUGUAGAGAAUAAUAUGAACCAGAUUGAGAGGGUGCAAUGCAAAUAUUUUUAAGCUUAGCUGCUUAUUUGUUAAAAAUUGACCACCGAUCUCGUGUAUAUGAUUUGGUACUGAACAUUCUAUGUUUAUAAUCCCUUUCUGAUAAAUGAAUAAUUAUUAACCAAUUUUCCGUUCGGAAGUUCAUCAAUGGAGUAGUCGACUGUAAUGAAGUGUUACUUAGUCAAGUUUGUUUUAGAACGGCUUACUUCCGAUCAUCUUAAUAUUUUUCCAUUGAGCAAUGCACCACUAACUAUAUUUUUGUAAACGACAAAUCUUCAGGAUGAUGUACUUUGCUAAUGAAGACCUUUCAAUUCUAUUUAAUUAAUAUGUAUUUUGUUACACGCGAAAUAUGUUUUUUGUAUGUAUUUAAUUUGUAACUUGUCUGCACUUGGGCCGCGGCUCGUAUUGAAUAAAAUGCAUAAAUCAAAAUAAUAUUACCAUAGUUGUGUUGGCUGAAAUUGCAGUUUUAGCUCAAAACGCUACAGAAAUGGUAUUGUAUUAAGAAUAACCCGAGCGAUUCGUCAAGCAAUCGAAAACAUGUAUUUACAUAGAAAAAGACGAUAAACUAUAAUGUCCAUGACUUUGUGUCCUGAAUUAUAAUUAGUAAUAAUACUUUCCCGACCAUAAUAAUACAAUUUUAAAUAAUAUAAUAUUAUAUUAUUAUCUGAACUUUUCUUAAUUUUCUAACAUUAUUUUGCUAUGUAUUCGUGCGUUAGAAUGACGGAUAUAACGCAUACGAAAUUUUCUCUUAACCAAAAAAUUGUAUGUCCCAUAUAUUUAUAAUUUCAAAUGCAACGGAAUUUUUGGGUUACAGUGCACCCAGAUUCCAAAAUUGGUAAAUUAACAUCAAGAGUGUAUCGGUCGUUGUAGUCAAUUUUUAUCAGAUGAGUGCGAUUUAUAUACAAUAAAUUACUGUCAGUUGAUCUUUAACCAUUUAAUAUGAUUUAUAUUUCCGUCUAUUUAUAACAUAGUACGUAGUUUUUUUUUUUUUACGUAAUAAUGAUUAUUUUAGUGAACAGUGAAAUAAAACUUUGAUUAAAACGUUUAGUUUCAUUUAAAUUCGUUUGCAAAUAGUUUUCGCUACAUACAAAUUUGCAGAUUUCGGAUUAUUAACCUUACCUAUUUUAUAAAUUUCAGUGACCGUUUCGUCAUGUAUGACGGACAUAAUAUAACUAGUUUUAAAAUAUGUUCAAUCGAAUAUCGAUCAAAAUUAUUUUUCCCUAUCAACGAUAUAUCGUUUCAUACAGAUUUAAAUUAAAUUAACCUAUAUAUCCUACCUUCCCAACUUCCCCCUUUUAACUUUGGCCCAACUUAUGAACAGUUUCAGUAUUCCGUAUUUGUAUAAGCAUUUUUGAUAAGCAUUGAUGUUCUGUUCUAAGUUGAUAAAAACUGAAAAAAAAAUUUUCCGGUCGUAUAUGAAUACGCGCCUACCGUAAGUCCGUCAAUAUUAAAAUUGCGUUAAAAAAAAACACGGACGACCGAAUUGUUCGCAAGAGAAAAUUCUUAUGUCACGGGUCUAUAGUUUUUUUUUUAUUUGCCCUUCCCUUUCGCAUACAAGAAAAGCAUUAUUUUUUAUCCCCUCAGAGGGUAUACGCGUAAACUCCUCCCCGAAAUAUCGAAUUUCAGUUAAGCUCACUCUCCGUUUUCUCCGCCAACAGUCCACCCUCAUCACCGUCAUUGAUUUCAUUCUAACUUGACUUGUCGUAACCGAUUUUUUUCCCUACGGUAAGCCACUCGUAUUUUUUUUUUUGUCUUAUAGUCAAGCCUGCAUUAUAUAUUAUUGAACAAACAGAGGUUCGCGGAGCACAAGUGUUAGUGGUGUCCGGGGACGUGCAAGAAACAACGAUUAUUAUUAUCCGGCAACGUGCGUUCUGCAGAACAAUAUCAUGACGACGUCGACGGAUUAUGGGUUUGAUUUUUGGAGGGCUUUUGUAAAACUUUUAAACUUGGUAUAAUAAAUAAACGUCAGAACAUUUACCACUACACGUGACAAUCAUCAUAUUAUGUAAAUCAGUGUGACCCUACGUAAAGGGAUAUAAAAAAAAUAUAUCCGACAAACAAUUGGAAUAUUAUUUCCCGAGUCUUUGUCAGCGAGUGCAUAUAAUUGUAUUUCGACCAGCUUCUAUAUUUUUUGUUUGUUUUGUUUUAUGUAUUAUUGUCAGUGGAGAUCAACUGACUGACGGGAAAAUCAUUUUUGGAAUUGUUUUUACAUUUUAUUUAGGGAAUGGGGAGGUAGUUAUAAUGCAUAAUUCGUCGGGGGUCGACGAAAAGUGGGGAAAUAUGAACUCUGCUCGGAUUUUUUGUAUUUAUUCUAAAUACUAACAGAUGUUGUGAAUUGAAGAAUACCUAGAGGUCAAAGAAAUUAAAAUUUUAGGAAUUAUGUUCCGAUCAAAUAUUAUUAAGAAAGAUAUUGCUCGAAUAUCGCCAUUCGUUAACUGUAAAAUGUAUAGGUAUUUCAAAUUUUCACACUUCUAAUACUCGUACUGCAGAGAAAUAUUUUGCACAUUUUCGCGGCGUUUAAACUUUAAUUGAAAAGUUAAAAAUCGCUCCCUCAAAAGUCGUGAAAAUCAGUCAUCGGAAAUCAGAAAAAUCGGAAAUCUCACCGCGAAUAUUAUACUUAUCUGUGGGCGAACGAACAAAACACGACGUAUGAAAACAUUUUCCGAUGUAUCGACCAUUUUUUUGGUCGCAGACCCGGAAAGCCUGCAAACCGAGAUGUCAGUUAGACUGCGGCAAAUGCUCAAGUCGGGGUAGGGGAAAGUCGUCCAAAAAUGAUUAGACAAAUAACGCGAUACGGAUAAAUGACAACGGUCCGAAAGCGUGAUUAUUUCUAUACCAGUGUUUAUAUUUUCGCGGUGUAAAAUCGCGAAGCGAAUGAAAGAAAUUUAUCGUAAAUUGUUACGCGAAACCCCGACGGGAAAAAUUAUAUUAUUCGUGUGCAGUAUGAUAAUAAUGAUAAUAAUAAUAAUAAUAAUAUGCAACUCGGUCGCGUUACCGGAAACCCUAUCAUACGGAUUUCUUACGAUCAUUUUCGCACGACUGCCGUUUGCUUACUAUUAUCGCCACUGUGAGUGGCCUGUCCCUCGCGUCCAAUUAACGACGCCACUGUCCGCGGAGUCGUCCGUCCGCUAGAUUGCGGGCGGCCAAGUAGAAAUAAUUAUUAUCAUCAUCAAGACGUUAUUGCGCGGCGCGUGUCCCGCGGGGAACAGGUGGGAACCGUCGCCGUCGACCGGCACACCGACCGUCAGUCAGUCGAACGUGUCGAGUCGUGUGCGACCGAUCUCUCUACCGUGUUUUGUUUCGUUACGGUCUUAUCGUUAUUACCGCGGACCGCACGCGUUCUCCGUUUUGAUUUUUCGCCGGUUUAUCAAUACGGAAAUAUUAUAACUUAAUCGUUUUGGAAUUCCCGUCCGGAAGAUAAUUAUUGCAUCCCGCCCCUCGUUUCGGACCGGCCGCAGUCCGACGCCCGUCGAUUUAUUGGAUAAAUCGGAUAAAUUUUAUCCGGUUCUCGCGACUCUGCCCGUCGCGCGUUUGUCGACCGAGGGGUUUCGCCACACAUGCGCGCCCGACGGCCGGUAAUCCUCGUCCGACGACACCCACGAUGAAGCUGAUCAAACUGGUAAGCUCCUCGAUAGUAAAUAAUAAUAUUAUCGCCUUUACCCCGCGGUACCGAGGGUCACUCGGGGACGGUCCGGAUGUAGCGGAUGAACGAUCCGGGAAAAUUCGGUCGGCCCGAACGUCAAAUGUUUUUCGACGACAAUAACAGUUAUUAUUUACAACAACAAUUAUUAUUGAAACCGAGUGUUACUUAUGCGGGUAGAAAUAGGCGGACAAACACCGAACGAAGCGUCGAAAAAAAAAAAAACCAUUUCCGGAUCGUCAAUUACUCCGGUAUACCCUCUGACGAUUCGACAUUUCGGACAGAAUUUCUGUUCGUUAGGAGACGAUUUUUGUUCCCCCCCCUCCCCACCUCGGCUCACGAAACCCUUGUUUCGGCGCCGAUUAUCCUGACGAAAAACGAGAAACACGAGCCGGGCCGUGAAAAAACGCCGACCGCUCGUUGUUGAUUUCGACGUGUGCGGCGCGCGGUUUAUUUUCGGUACGUUUUUUUUUUUUAAUUUUACGACUUUUCCUAGUAUCCUAGUAGUUUUUAUUUGGUUCGUGUGGCGCCUACAGGGACUCACAAUCGGACGCUUUUCCUAAAAACCUCGACAAAUUUUUGUAUUUCGCGGUAAAAUUUUCAACGCGCGAAACCGUCUCGGCGGCUGUAACAACGUCGAACUGUAUUAUUAUUAUUAGACAGAUAUAUUAUUAUUAUUGCUAUUGCCGUCGUUAGUCUCAGUUUUUUUUUUCCGCUCGAUUCCGUUUUCACCGCGGUAUUAUAUUAGAUAUUAUUUUUAGGCAGGUACUUUCCCGCGGCUGUUUAUGGGAUUAUCGUGUUCCGGACGCGGUCGUUUUGGACGAAUUAUUAUAAUAACAAUAUUAUUAUCCGUAUAGAAAAUAAUAUGGAAAGAAAAGCAAAAAAAAAAAAAAAACGUACCAUAAAACACGGUUAUUAAACUGUUGAUUCAAUAAUCUUUAUUAGAUACGGAAAAAUAAUAAUAAAAAUACAAACCGGACGAAAUUCCAUAUAAUAUUAAUAAUUUCUAGCGGGAAAAUUAAAAAUGUAUUAUAGCAAUGAUAUAGUUAGGCGGCGCGUUAUUUUUAUGGGUAAAACGACGCGGGGGAACCCGUCGAUAACACCACGACCGCUUACUUAUAAUAUUAUCGAAGUGAUCGGAUCCGGCGAUUUCUGACGGGUUCUGUUUUCAACGUAGCGAUGAUUGAUCCACAGUGAACCGAUAAGAAUUAUUCCGAAAGCAGAUUUGUAUAAUUAUCCGUCGUCUACUCGAGAUCGACUUUCCCACGUUAAUUUUGUGUUUUUAUUUUUAUUUCUCCACAAAUUGAAAUAUUCCGUUUUUUUUUUUUUUUUUUUUUUGAUUACCUCUUUUUUUAUUGUGGGGUUAUUUUUGGAUUUAGCGGGAUAAAGGCAAAUAUGCGGGAAAUCGAUUACACGUAGACUUGCCGACAAAUUCAACUCUAUUUACAGAAUAUUCUUAUCACUUCGUUAGACCAAUUGGUACGAUGGAAAUAGAACACGUCUAAUUGUUCUUAUUUAUGUUGCACGUGUGCAAGACACACAGAAAAAUAUCACCGCCUCCAAUGUCAGCGCACUAUUUUUUUUUUCUCUCUAACCAACGAACGAAUUUACGUUCAACAGAAUCAAACUCGCGUUGUUAGCUCAAGCAUUAGAGCGAAUUGACCCAUAAUUAUCAUACUCAAAGUUAAAAACGACAUCCGAGUGUGUACGUCGGUUAUUUUUUACGAUAUUUCAAUCUUUAUGUCAACAACCUACGAAUAAAUAACAAAUUGAAAUUUAAAAUUGAAAAAAUAUCGUAAAAAAGCCGACGUACAAACACGGAUAAUGUUUUGAACUUUAAGCAUGUUGAUUCACUCUAAUAUCGUUAACCAAGCUAAAAUUAUAACCGUGUUAAGGGGAAAAACGGGGUUAAGUCAACAAACCUUUUUAAAACUACGGGGCGCCCGGCUUUAUACAAAACGCUAAACAAAUUUAAGAAAUAUCGCAACUAUGUCAUUUGUUAGUUGUUAUAUUUUCAACCGCUUUGAUCAGAGUCAUAAUGAACAUCAAAAUUGUUUGGUACCCGUAUAGUCAGAAGAGCGUGUAAGUACGGCCUGGUAACACGUGGGCCUAUAGUAUCUCUAUUUGGAAACGAAUUCAGGAGUAAGGGAGAAUCCGUAUUUUUCGGUCGGGGUGAAAUGUUGAAAUUUGAACACGAGUUUAAUAAAGUUGUAGAAAAAAAAAAAAAAACGACAGCGCGUUUGUGUGGCGGGGCGGGAGGGGGAUUAACACCGAACCCGAACUCCGCUCCGGCCGACCGCUCGACUUGUUGAACAAUAGCAACGCGAGUUCGGUUCUGCUCGACGUAAAUUCGUCGCGCGCGGAUCACUCUCUCGACCAUAAUACCUAAUGUUAACGUCGUUGACAUUGUACAGUUUUAUAAAACCGUACGGUAAUUACGUGUUUCGUUUGUGUGUGUGUGUUUUUUUUUUUGUUUUUAAUCGAAAAAGUCCAUCCCGGUCUUGGCCCGCCGUUGCAGUACUAUAUCCCGCGAUAACGCGCGUGCACACGCGUUAUGACCGUCGUACCAUUGUCCGGUAGCGACACGGUAAUUCAUACGGAGGCGUCUCGCUACCGCUGCGCCGCCGCUACGGCCAGCGGGUGUGCGCCGGCACUGCUUUCGUUCCGAUAUUUUUCGUCCGGCCGUCGUAAAAACGCGAUGCCCGGGGCGACGACACGCGGCGCGGCCGAGUGUUCCGUGCCGCGGGGACGUUUCGCGCGCCGCGUGCGUACCGACCCGGCGUAACGUUAUCGCGACGACGUUUCACGUCCGUUGCGGAACGGCCGUCCGAAAGCCCGGACCGUGGUGGCGGACGCGUGUCGCCGUGAAACCGCGGGCAAAUUAUCGACCGACGACGAGACGCUGUCGCGGCCCCGUUGUCGAUUCCCGAAGACGUUUGUAAACGCCGGUCGCGCAGCGGUGGUAUUGUCGUCGCGGGUUCGGCCGGCGGGCCGGGCACGUCCGUCAUCUCCGGUUCAGGAUGUCAUGCGUCCGGCGCGCGGGCGCAAAACCGAACGGAUUACAUCACUGACGCCGUUUGAAAUCGCGAGUAGUUCUUGUAUGCGAAUCUAUUAUCAGUUCGGAUUACCCUCCCCCUCCCCCCUCGUCGAAUUCGCCGCGGUAAAAGUCGUGUACCGCAAUUUUUUUUUCUCCCCCUAUCGUUAUUAUUAUAACUCGUGUAAUAACGCUCGCGCAUUAUUAUAGAAAAACUCGUAUUUUAUUGCGAUCGGUCGGUUAGGUUUUUAUAAUAUUAUGUUCGUGCAAUAAUCUCUCUGUGCAAUAAACGAGAAAGGGGAGGGGGGAGGAGGGAAUAUUUUAUCGAUGCAGCGCGUACAAAUAAAUUUUAUCUCGCGGCGGGCACUCGAGAUUUUAACGAAAUUUUAUUGAAGGUUUAUAAUCGAAUUUGUCGAGUAGCCCAAUAGAGUAAUAAAUAAAUAUAUCUAUUGCACGGACGAAUCACGUUUUCGUCGAAAACACAAUACUAUUACAAUAGGAUAUCAAUUGUAGUCAUUUUUGCGAAAAUCGAAACCGAUUAUUCUGAUACACCGUCUUAUUCGGUUUACAGUUCUGUUAGUUAUUACUAAAUUAUUCGCGUUUGUUUGUAAUUAAAAUUAAAAUUUCUGUAUACGAUGAUACUUUUACUUUUUUCGCACUCUACCUAAUAUACGUAUUUACUGUAAUAUGACAAAUUUUGGCCGACCGGUUUGCGACUGUAUAAUAUUAUAAUAUAAAUUUAUUUUCCGAAUAUACGAGUAAUAUAUCAUGGUGGUACGCGGUAAUAGUAUACCAUUGUUUACCCAAUAUUCGAUUUCGGAUGACGUAAUAAUUUUCAAACACGCUCGAGCCAACUUGAGGUGUAUUACUUAAUAAGAGGGGAGGAAUGGCGCCGGUUUUUUUAAAAAUUUUCUUCGAUUUUGUAAAGUAAUGUUUACAUUUGUUUUUUUUUUUUUUUUUGAUGGCCACCAACGAAGCCAUCUUAACGAUAAGACUUGUCCACUAAUCCACUGCGCAAUAUCCGUUUAAUAAGGGGAAGGGUUUACGGACGAAUGUGACGUUUCAGACCGAAAAGCCAGACAAAACUGAAGUCAUUAUUACUGUAAAUUGUUCGAAAAUAUAAUCAAAUUUUUUUUUUUACGAUUUCCAAUAAAAUAAUUGAAUUUUCGCAUCCAACCAUUGUAAUUGGAUUUUUUUUUUCUUUUUAAUAUCGCCUAAAAUGUCUAUACCUAUCGGAGGCAGUGAAUAGCGCGUAAGUACCUAUACGCCUAGAAUACCAUUUCCGAAAAUCACAAACUUUUUCUUUUUAUAUAUACCUAUGUAUCUAUGUAUAGUACGCGUUCAAUAAUAAUUAUUAUUAUCGUAUAUGAAUAUUAAGUGCCUGCUUUGACGGGCGUAUUAGUCUUUAACGUGAUAUAACGCGACGUGAAAGAAAGAAAAUAAUUUAUGUUAAGUGGAAGCGAAAGGGAUCGAUAACGGCUAUUUACUUUACCUCUGUCGUAUCACCCGUCGUGUUAUAACGAUAAUAAUUAUUAUUAUACACCAGUUCGAUAAUUUUAUAAUAUUCCAACGUUCGCGAUGCCGAUUUCCUUCCCUCGCCCGUCAAUAAUACGAAUAUUAUGACGUAUCGAAUCCAUCGUACAAUAUCGCUUCACAAUAAUCAUUAUGUCGACGGUUUUAAUGUCGAGUGUACUUAUAUCGCAAAGACGUUAAUUGUGGCGGUAUUGUCGAAAAAAAAAAACCAGAUUUUAUCGCCCGUCGCACGAGUAGGUACUCGCGUAUUUAUUUGCACAAUUGUACUCAAACGUACAAUAUAUUGAUUAAAUUAAUUAUCGGACUUGGUGCAGAUAUGGUUUGUAUAGAUGCUAAAAUUAUUAUAAUAAUUAAACGGGUGUAAGCCGUUGUUGAUAUCGGGUCAUUUGCGAUUAAAAGUCGAUUCUGAGCGGAGUACCGGAAACUGGCGACGUUACAAUAUCGGUAUCCGUCGUGUUUUGUAACCCGAAAAUCAACAAAAAUUGAAUCGUUUGUUGUCGGUUUUUCUAUUUUUUUUUUUUUUAGAAAAACCGUCGAGAAUCGAGAAAAUUGUUCAAGUAAACAACGGUCUUUCGAAAAUUCCGCAUGUUUAUGGUACUACAUGAAAAAAUCUGGACAUUUUUACUAAGAAAAAAAGUGUUUUUUCAAGAGAAAAAACACAUUCUAAUAAAAACUAAAAGUUUCUUCACUUCACUCGGAAUAACUCCCCCCCGUAAAAACAUUGAUUAUUGCCAUAUUGGUAUAAUUGUAUAUAAAUAAUAAAAAGAUUUUGUAGCUAUUGAAAAUCAAAAUUAAAUUAAACAAUUUGACUUACAGAUUUAUAAUAACAGUGUAACUAAUUAUGUAGAACAAUUAUUCACAAUUUGAAUAGAUAGAAUAGUAAUUAAAACGUUAAACUUUCUUUCGAAUUCUGAAAUUUCUCUACAGGCAAUUAGACUAUAGCAAUGGCUAUAUUUUUUUUAUUUUUUUUUAUUAGUUUUUUUUUUUGCUAUUCCAAUUCAUUUAGUUCUGAAAAUCGAAACUCAACGGUGACCGUUGUAUAUUAUUGUUGUGUCCGUCCAAUGGUGAACCUCGAUUGUACAAUAAUGAUUUUUUAUCGUACCGAUUCAAUAUAAUGUCGAGCGACCGCCAUCAGCAGAUGGACCACACGUUUAUUCUAAAAUAUAAUCCGGACGUAUACGCGUGUUAUAUUAUUCAGUAACCGUUAAAUUUGUAUUAAAACACCAGUAAUAACGUGUCACGUGUUUCCUUUUUUCCCAUUCAGUAUAUCUUGAUUUUCUGUCGUAGGGCAACUGCAGACUGCAGAACAGCGUCAAUCGGGGUUGUGUCUCGUUUAUAAUACACGCGUAGUGUAGAGUCUCGAUAUAAUCGGAACCGGAGUAUUGGAUUGUGCAUAAUUCAAAAUUUUAGAAAAGUUAUUUUUUCCUAGAAAUAUUUAAACAUUUUAAUAGUACGACCUUAUAAGGGAAUCGCUCGAUGAACAGUAAUUUCUAUUGUAGUGUAUAAUGUAUAUGCUUAAAUUUUAGCCACGUAAUCUUAAACCACUGCGAGGUGGUUCUUAAGAUUUUCUAAUGUUUUCGGAUUUUUAUUGAUUAUCCUAAGACUCGUAUUAUAUGAGUACAGGUCAAAUUUGGGACCGGAUUCCUACCGAGACACAUACAAAAUGGCUUUCAGUAAAAGGCCAACAAAGGGCAGUCCUUAUUUUUAGGAGAACAAAAAAAAAAAUUCAAAUUUUUGUCGAGACAAAUAUGUUUAAUAUUUUUAUUAGAAAUAACGUAUAAAAACAAUAAAGUUCGGUCAUGAUAGGUCAGCUCUAAUAUAUGCCAAAAUAAGAAGGUUGCCAAAUCGAACAAUCAGAAUUGAUCCGGUGCCGAAACGGAUUCCAGAAUGCUUAUAUGCCUUCCGAACUAGAGAGAAAGAAGAAAGAGCUAUCUGAACUAUCAGUCCAUUUCUCUAUAAGUCUACGGAGCGCGGGUGGACAUGACGUGAACAGAAACACGAUAUUAUGAUCGUGUUUACGAGGAAGGAUUUUUGUAAAACGUCUUGUAAAACUAAUAUCGUUAUUACAAAUAAUAAAUACGUAUAAUAUGUAUCUGCCUGAGUACCUAUAAAAUCUUCGGAUUACGGCGACAUCCGGAAAUCGAUAAUGUCGCGGAAUAUAUACCUAAAAACGCCACGGAUGAUGUUAUUAAUAACGGUGUCCCAUUAACGUUUUAAUCGGAGCGAAAAGAAUAAUAAGAACGAAGUGUAAGUAGGUACACUGCUGGGUAAAUAAGGAAAAACGGUCGCGAACAGGUGGAAAAAUAUACAAUCAGGUUUUCCGAUCAUCCAAUUAAUCUGUUCGGCGAACCGCUAACCCGGUGACCAGCCGACUGGUUAACUGUGUCUCUCGUAUUGCAGGUAUAUUGUAUAAUAUAACUACACCGCAGCACAUAGAAUGCCGACCGCGGAGCUUGUUUUAUUUAAUGGUCCGUACAAAUCGUCGCAAAUUCGAAUGUCUCGAGGAGUAUAUAAUAUAUAUAUAUAUACAUAUAUAUAUAUAAGGACCGGAUGCUGCAAUUUCUGAAGAAUGAAAAAAAUACCGCCACUAAGCCGAAAACAAAACGUCAAAUAAUAAUAAAAAAAAAAAAAAAAAAAAACAAUAUCAAAUCUGCCGAACCCGAGUAAUGGAGGAAUAUUAUAAGAGUAAAAUAUAUAAUAACUGCUGCGAUAAUUAUGUCGAUACGUCCGAUUACACUCGUAUUGUUAUGUUGUUAUUAUUACCUACGAUUACCAAAAAAAAAAAAAACAAAAUAAAAAUAAAGAGAAAAGACCGCGAGUUUAUAACCGGCGUGGUGGUAGUCCGGCAUAGAAGCGGCGAGAGUCUCGGAGGAUUGCGCGUUACCGGUACACAUUACAGUACUGUCAGAUUGAGCGUAACGCGAUAUUGAGCGUCAUUCAUUGUUUUUUUUUUUUUUUUUUUUUUUUUUUAUGACCCGAAUGAGUAUACAAAAACGGUUUAAUUGUGACGUCGCCAUCACGUCCGGCACAUCCAUCGACAACUCCGUUUGACCAUAUUAGUAGGUACCUGUUAGAAUUUAACUUGGAUCGCCCCUCCGCUGGUUCGACUGCCCCGAUAUACUCUCGACUCGAAUUUCACCGUUAAAUACGUGAUACGUCGCCAGUACCGAUUUUCGAAAUCCCACCUCCCCCCCCCACCGGUUAUCGCGGUCUACGAUCGUCGGGGCAUUGAGCAAGGUCGGCUUAGGAUGACAGACGUCGCCGGGAAAUCGGGUGAAGACGUUUUGCGUGUAACGACGCUUAGGGAAUUGUCGUACAGUAAGGUCGAUGCGUCCGAAUGAUGAUGGCUUGUUGCAAUGUCUUCCGACUGCGCAUUCGGAGAAAACCGUUGGCGCGACGACAACACCCCGCGGUAUACGUACUGGAUAUGAUGUUAUGCUGUACGUUCGAUUGAUUUCGUAUUUCUUGUCGGCGAAGAAACGUUGUCGAUCGCGUCAAAAAAAAAAAAAAUAAUAAUAAUAAUAAUAAUAACGAAAAACGGCGUUUUAUCCUCCGCGGUCGUGUUUUUGUGGCCCGUGCAACACAACAGUACAAUAAUGACAAACGACCGCGCAGACGGAUGCGAAAUAAAAACGCAGUGCACGUGCGGCGGCGCGUGUAGGCGGUUCGCCGAAUACUAAAACCGAAAACGCGGUGGCCAUUGAUAUUCCAGCGCGGACACCGGCGACACGGAUACUGUUUUCCCGAACUCCUCGCGUGCGUUAGUCCACUGCAAUGACGAUUGAGUUGUUUUUGUUUUUCGACGAUGACCCGGAACGAGACUGGCUUGUUCGUACGGUUUUUCGUGUCGUUAUUAUUCCGUCGAGACGCGUCGCGGAUUAUUAUAUUUGUUGCGGACGUCGUAAUUGUCGACCGUUGCGGCCUCAACGAAAAGCACGUGGAAUCGAGAGCUAGGCGAUACUUUUUUUUUUUUUUUCUCUGCCGGAUUUGUGCCGUGUCCGUCGCCUACCGGAAAAAUCGCCCGACUCAAUAUUCGCCUCCCCCUCCCCCCCUUAUUAUUGACUCCUCGAGGCGCACGCAUAUCCUCUUUUGGGAUGAUCGUCCGGAACGUACAUUAGCGUCCAAUAUUAUAGUUUUGGAUCGAUUUCGACUGUUUUACUACCGUGCAGCGGCGUUUCUGACCGUCUAGUAUAGUUCUGACGACCUAACGACCACUCGACGAUAUUUGGGAAAUGAGGACUAUUUUUUCACCAUUACAAUAAUUGGCGCGUUGUUAUUAUUGUACUUGACUCAUUUUUUUUUUUUCUUUGUGAAAGCCGAUAUUUCGCGAUCAUUUUUUUACCGCCCAACGCGCGAUGAUUCGUUUUUGUUAAUUAUAUUGUUAUAUUAUUAUAUACCUAUGAAACACUCCGCGGAGUUGGUUAAUGAAAUCGGGAAAAAAACGUAUUGAAUUUCGUCCGGUAGGCAUUGUAUAUAGCGUUCGGUCUUUAUGCCCCGUAUACGCUUCUUUUUUUUCGUCGUAAUUGUACGGGGGAAAGUAUCCGAUGACCUUGAAUUCGUUUUUUUUUUUUGUGUCAUUAAUGUUAUAUUUUAUUCGAUUUAACGAUCGAUAACAUCGAAUUAUUAUCAUUGUUCGCCGUCCGCGUGAUGGUAUAGGGGCAGACAGCUGAUGGUAUUGCACGCACGCGUGGCCGGCGCCCUAUACGAUUUGCAGUUGGCAGUAAUAUUUUGUUUUCUCCAUAAUAAUAAUAUAACAUCGGUUUACUGGGUUAUCGGCUGCACAAAUACAUUCUAUCGGAACGUCAAUCGACAAUAUCCAAGAGCGAGAGAAUAAUAAUGCGUUUAUAGACAUUUUAGUAUAAUACGCAUCGAAAAAGCCCCUGCCAGGCAAAUAAUAACAAUAACAUUAUCAUUUACGGAAAUAUAAUCUAUUUAUACCUACUGUAGAACAUAAUUAUAUUGUAAGACACGUUCGGCGUGUAAGAGAUCAAGGUGAGCCACAUAAUAUAUGUCGAGUUGUUCGUUUGGCACUACCUCAACGACCAUAUUAUUAUGAUAAUCAAUCUUGGUUAUCGCGGUAUGCGAAUUGCAGUUUGAUAUUUGCGAUUGCAAUCGUUUUCCAUUGGAAUUUAUUUUCUUCAAAUACGUUCACAACGUUUUAGAUUUUGAGUGGAGCGGGGAGGUUUUAAAAUGAUGUUUAUUUAUUUAUUUUUUUGUCUGUGGACGACUUUUCUAUCAGCAGUUUUGCUUCGAUUUACAAUGUAAGUACUUUUUUCUAAAAGAAUAUCUGACUGGGAAGGUACUUUAAUUAGGUUAUUUUUUUGAUUUUCCCAGUAGUUUUCCCAACAAAUAUGGAAAAACCGGGAAAAUGUACGAAAUUUAGGUAUUAGUUUACAAAUAUUACGGUAUUUUUUCCCCUAUCUUUUCCACUUCCAACCUACAACAGUGGCUGCACCCGUCCCCAUUAUUCUAGGACAACUUUUUUAUGCAUACGUAUAUUAUUAGUUAUUACGUAUACUAUACGGUAUAAUUCGUUUUUAGUCGAAAAUCCAGUAAUCCGAGUAAUCCUCCAUUCCACCGGGCGACAAAUUGUUGUCGAACACGCUUUUCGUUUUUUGUCCUCCGGUAUAAUAAAAUAUUCUAUGUAACUACUAAUUAUACAAAGCCUAUAGUGGCGAGCAAACGAACAUUCGGGUGAAUCGGGCAAAUUGUAUUUUCGUUAUAAAAUAACGAAUAAUGACGUAUAUAAUAUAUAACUAUUGAAACACAAACAUUUUUUUUUUUUUAAACUUUAUUUUUUAUCACUUAUGAAUUUCGAAAUAAAAUUAUGAGUACCUAAGGAAAAAAAAACUCAAUAACAUAAUACAUAUCAAUAAAAUAUACGACAAUUUUCGACGUACGAAUUAAAUAUAAUGUGCGAGGUAAAUACCGAAAGAACAUCAAACGUAUUUACCUACUGAUUUAAUAUGUCCAUUCGAGGUGUAUCACUAUAAUAUUCACCAUCUAUAAUGUAGACGCGCGUUUACUUAGCGACCUGUCUAGACGGACGAGACAAACGCGUUGUUUGUUCGGUCGGAUCCGCGCCGAGACACGUGUCCGUCGACCGAACGUUUCCGGUGUUCUCGUAUAGGUAUACUUGUAUUGAAAAACGACGUUAAACGUCAAUGUUUAUUGGAUUAUUAGCCCGACCGUAUACCGCCAUUAUAUACAACGUGUAUUAUACUGCGCUAACCGAAACGGACGGUCAUAUUGUUCGAAAUAAAUAAACCCAAAAGAUAAAUAGACUUAUAGAAACGACAAUAUUACAAUAUGACGAUCCUGCGGUAACACGUAUCCGUUAAUAUGCAUACAGACUGUAUAUAGAUUAUAGGGGAUCCGAAGGGACAUAAAGGCGUGUCCUAAAAUGACCCAUGAAAUAUAUUAUAUUAGAACGCAUACAAUCGUGUUCAAAAUUCGUUUUCUAUUAUCAAUAAAAUAUCACAUUAUAUGUAUAACGAUCCGAGAUACUUAAUACGUUCAAAGAGGGUUUUUUUUUUUUAGUUUCCGAGUGAAGCGAGAAAUGUAUUUAUUUUUUUCCCUCGUCUCUGUCUCGCCGGAAAUCUCGGCCCGAUUGAAAAUUACGUAGGCUAUUUCUUGUAGAAUUUUUCAUCUAGUCGGUGCAUUGAACAGUUCGUUUUUUGAUUUUCUGAAACAGAAUCGUUUUCAGUUAGCAACAAUUUAUCGUCGCGUACAAAUACAAAUUGAAUUAUUCUAUAUACAUUAUAUAUAUAAUAUAUUUUAUCUUCCAACUUUCCUCCUAAUACAGCGGUUCGCCCAUCAGCAGUACCUGCCUUUUUUAUAUCGACUAUCUAUACAAAAUCGCAAAACAAACAAAAUCAACUGUAAUUUUUUAAAUCGUCAUUUUACUCUAUAUAGUUACUGUUGUCAGUACGUAUGAUAAAAAUAUUAAAAACUACGUUCGAUAUAAUAAUAAAACGAACCGCGUGUUUUUCGGACGUGCGUUUAGGCCACACUAUUAUAAUAUGUGUCGUGUGUUUUAUUAAACGAGGGUAUUUUUAGCAUAAUGUUAUUAUGGUUAAUAUUUUAGUCGUUAUAUCCAGUAACGACUAGAAUAUAUUAUCGCUGACGAGUCAAAAGUAUAGUAUACAAUGUGCUCAACAAUUGAUCCAGUAAAUUGUACACAUAUACGGAGACGUGACGAGUAAAAUAUUCUAGUGGUUUCACCGAGGAUUGACACGGUUUUUUUUUCUUCCUAUUUAAACGUCGCACCGCAUUGAGUUAAUUCCAAAACUCCAACACAAAUACUAUACGGUACGAGUAUAGAUAGGCAAGGCUCUGCUCACACGUGUAUCGGUUCAAUAAAAAAAAAAUUAUAUUAUGUAUUUAACUGCACCGAAGUGGGUCAGUGACACGAAAAGACGUUUGGAUUUUUUUAUUUUUUUUUUGUCCGCAACAAAAUAUGAUAAUAAAAUGCGAAGCUACAGAAAUUAUAAUAGCCGGUCGACAAUAUUACAAUAAUAUUAUGUACCAGAUGCAUUAUAUACGGUAAUAUAGCUGGUUGUAUCUAAAAAAGAAAUAAAACUAACUAUUUUAUUUGAAAUUCGUUUACAGUUUUAAUGGAACCACCUGGUAAACGGGUCGUAUAGGUACUUACUGUUAUAAAACAUUAUUAGCGCAUUCGUAUUUAGCGCUAAAACAACAAUUUGGAGACUUGUUUUGUAUAAGAGUAAUAAAAAUAAUAAACAUGUUGUUAUUUAUUUAUUUUAAUUUGUUGUAUACCUAAUGAAAUGACGUUCGAACGCUCGUAUUACAUAAAUGAGCCGAGUACAUUGAAUAUAGUAUGACGCGACAAUGUCUGGAUUGCCAACACCAAUGACGUUAUUUCAAUAUUUGAACUGGAACUAACUUACCAAGUCUAAAAACUGACGAGGAAAGGAAUUCUUGAAUAAAAGAAAAAAUUGCCAACUUCUCGCUCGAGAAUUAUUAUCCUCCAUAUUUUAAUAGCUAGGUAUUUCAGAUUUACAUGCUUACAGAGAAAUACAUUUUAAUAUUUUCGUGACGUUUAAAUUUUAAAAGUGAAAAUCGCCGUUAAUAGUCGUUAAAAUCUAUUGAAAAAUCAAAAAUUUGACCAUAGAUUACCAAUCUGUAUGAGCAUGAGAACUAAUGGGAUAAACAUUUUUCGAUGUUUUGACAUUUUUUUCUCAGACCCAAAAGCUAGAUAUCAACCGAAAUGCCGACUUAAAGGCAAGUUAGAUAGUAGCAAGUGCCUAAGUUAAUGUGUAAGAAAGAGGCAUAUGACUAUACUAUUCAACUCAAUUUUUUUUUUCUGAAGAACGUUGGGAAAAAAAAUAGUUUAUCACGAUAUCUUUUUCUUACUAAAAAAACCUGACUAAACUGAUGAAACUCGUUUUUAAAAAUUUAAUUUCCAUAGUUCAAUUGAGCUCACACUUCAAUUCAGAACAUCUUCUAGUACCGCGCUGGCGUUCCAAGGAUCGUUACGAAUUGUACCUGAUUGUUACUUAUCCAGAAUAAGGUAGGCUCUUUCUAUGCACUCCUUAGACUUGCGAUACACGACCAUCUAUUAUACGGUACAGAAUAAUCCUAUCAGAAUGAAGAAGAAACUACUUAACGGUAUCUAUAAUUAAAAAGCCAUGGAUAUAGUAAUCCACUGAUUCGCACACAAGAUUUGACACAUGGAAUUGCUUAGCAGCUUAUUGCUUAGCAGACACGAAAAUUAGAAGAAUUUCGGACGAAUUUUGUUUUUCUAUUGAUUUCUGCAGGUCUUCUUGAAACGACAGAUAUUCGCUAGAGAUGACGCUGUUUUACUCGACUGCAGAGUAUACUAUAGUGUUUAAGUGUCGUGCAUAAUGUUUGCAGUAUAUUUGAACCUGUUUGUUUCAACCAUGCAUACCUCCUAAACGCCCCGAACCGAUUUAGAUAGCGUCACUGGAAUCGAUACAUUAUCCCAAUAGAGUCUAAAAAAAAAAAAAAAUUAAUGGAGUAGGGUUCGAAAAUAAUUUACUUGUUUUUUUUUUUCUCAUCGUCGUCGCCUACGUCCAUUUUAUUUGUAUUUUAUUUUCGGCAUACCUGCUACGUGACUAAUUCCCGCACGCCGAAGUUUCCCCGCGAGUUUGUCAAAAAUAUACGCCGUCCGCCUGUUAUUAUGCAAAUAUUAUCAUUAUUAUUAUUAUUAUUAUCUUUCAUAAAUCUAUAUAUAUAUGUGUAUGCGAACGCCAAGCAGUCACUUAGGUUGUGUAUAGAAAACACGAGCUUGUUGCAUCAAGUCGCGCACGUCGCCGUCCGCGCGCGGACUUGUAUACUUUCACAUUCCCGGCGCGAAAUAUCGUAUUAAUAUAAUAACGUACCCGGCGUUGUAGGUGCGCGCCGUCAUGCGGAUACUUCCCGGUGUAAAUAUGAUAAACAAUAAUAAUAAUGAUAAUAAUAAUAAAUGCACGUAAGAGUAUAUUCGCGAAACGAAUUUGGCGCGACUCGUAUUUCCGCAUCGCCCGGCGCAGACGUUGGAGGUCAAUAAUGGCGGCGGCCGUUCGCGACCCGUCCGCGUUCCAUGCGCUCGUCGAUCGCCCGUCGAUAUGGUACCUAAUGCUUGUUGUAUUGUCGGUACGCACGCGAACGUUUCCAACUGUUGUUCGUGGCCGGGCAUUGCCGGACAGGGUGCACGGGAUACACGGGAGAAUUAUUUUUUCGAAAGGCACGGAGAAAAAAAAAAGAAACCCUCCGAGAAUAAUAGCGUUUCAAACGCGUUUCCGUGGGUGAAAAUCCGCAGACAAUCACGUCGAUGCUGCGACCCGACGAGCGAACGCAAUAUUGUACAGUGGAAUAAUAUAAUCGUUUACGUGCGCCGUAGUGCCUACCUGUAUUACAUUUUAGGUUACGGUGAUGGGCAGCACUACCAUAGUCGUUUUACUUUUUUUCCCUCCCGCCUGUUCCGGCAUAAAAAAAAAAAAAAAAACCGCACUAUAUGUAAUGAUAACCGGACGGUUUUAAAACAGUGGUUCUCAAUAAACUUUUUGACAUACUAUUCGGACCGCGCGGAUAACUUUCGAUAGGUCUCGGACCAUCUAGAUUUGCCGAUGACCUUUGUUUUCACACAUUUUCGUUUUUUAACUUUAUGUUAUCUUCCUGAAUGGUGAAUACCAUCAGGUAGCCCAUCGACUUUAACAAUAAAAUGAUUUCGAAUUAUACUCUAACUCUUCGGAUAUCUGUCGCAGUUCUAAACCGUCAUAAUUUGAGAAAAUACAUCGAGUAAAUUAAGUAUUUAAGGGACCUGCGGGCUUUACAGGAAAAACUCUCAUGUCUUGUGAACCUAUUUCAAUCAUCUCUGUUGUUGGAAAGAAGAAAAUUGUUUACAGGUUUCGAAAAUUAUGUUUUAAAACGCUAUAAUUAGAGUUUGAAUAUGAACAAUUUUUAUUUAUUGUUUUAACAAUUUUUCUUAUAGCUUUUGGUUAGAAUAUCGAACAUCGAAAUCUAAUACGCACUGUAGGAUUUUUUUCCCUUUUCAUAAAAACAAAAUAAUUAAAAUCGGAUCACUCUAUGAGGUAAUGAUAAAAUUAUCUUGUUAGAAAUGUUUAAGAUUUGCUAAUUGUAUAUAGUGAUAAUUUGUUAUUAACAAUGAUUAAAAAUAUGUAAUAAACCAUGAUUAGGACUAUCACUGACAGAAUAUUAUGGCAUCCCUACGCAUAAAUGAGAGAGUGGACUAUCCGUUGGAGGGCAAUAACUAAUUAAAAAGUUUAAGUUAAAUUAAACGAGGUUUUUUUUCUUUUUUUUAACAUUGACUAUUUCGAAUAAAUUAGAACUAAACAUUUUACAAUUGAUUUUCGUAAACGUUCGGUUAAGUUAACGGGUAGAAGACAAAUGUGAUUGAUUCUGUGUAUACGGUUCUUAAACUUUUACCAAUUAUACCCUGUUCAAUCGAUUCAAGUGAAAAAUCGUUUAAUUUUUUUUGCAUUGUAAUUUUCAAUUUGAUUAGUGAAAUUUAUGCAUUUUCCGACGACUUUUUACCGAAGUCGGUUUUGUUUGUUUAUUUCCCGAUCCAGUCGAGUUAACAAUAUUAUUAUUGUUGACGUAGUUAUAUUUUCAUAUAACAAUUAAUUCUCUCGUCCCAUUUGAAAUCGAAAGUAGGCAUACGUAUCUAUCCCGGUGUUUUCGUCGUCGUGUAAAAUAGAUACAGUAGGCGUUUCGUGUUGUAACAGCGUAUAUUAUUAUUAUUAUAAAUGAUACGCGUACGUUACGGUGACGGACACAUAUUAUUACAAGGUUACCCACAUCCCGAGCCCGUAAACGACGAUCGCGUCCGGAACACGUGUACGCGUAUACAAUAAUUUACAAUAUUAUAUAUUAAUAUAAAAAAGUUAAAAUUAAAUAAUAAAAAAAAAAAAACCAAUUGUUUCGCCGGAGUGACGAAUGUCAAACGUCUAUACGUCUUGUAUUGCCGCCGUAUAUUCUCGACGGCGGCGGCAAGGCUGCGCAGCAGCGCAACAGCAUUCUUUUUGAAAGUGAAAACCGCCUCGUUCAGGUAUCGUCUUCUCCGGACGGUACCUGUAUAAUAUAAAUAUAAUCGACUUAACGCAUAAUGUGUUCGGCUGCGUGAUUCGUACGACUGUUGCAGAGAAAAACUUAUAGAUGUGAGAAAAAAAAAAUGAAAAGACCGCGGUUCGUUCACGGUUGUUUUUUCCUCCGUAUACGAUAGGUUUUAUAAUAGAGAAAUUAGAUAGGCUACGGCCCGCGUGUGUUACGGGUGUACAAUUUGAUUAGCCGAACGGAAACCGAGAACACGAUAUUAUUUGGACUUUGCUGUACAUCUAUAUGAUGGCAGCGUAGAUUUUUUUAUCUUUUAACGGGAUAACGCGACAAUUUCUAUAGGUGGGAAAAAAAACACAAAAUCCGUUAAAAAUACCAUGUAAAAUGCAUCGAAAAAAAACGGAAAAAAGAAAUGUAUUUUUUACAUGUUUUUCAAAUAUGAAAAAACUGAUAACGCAUCGUUUAAAAGCGUUCAGACUCAAAAAUAAUAAUUCAUUCUUCCUUGAAAGUUCUGAUUGAAACUACAAAGAAAGUCGAAGAAACCAGUCUUAUUGUUUCUAUCGGAUCUGCAUUUUUAUAAAAUAUUGUCAUUCGGGAGUCAGGAUUUUAUUAGCUACACGAUUUGCUAAUCGUGCACACAAAUGCUCUACAGUUCCAUUUGUUAUGAUGAGUGGACUCGUUCGACCUUUUUAUCGAGACGUAUUUGUUUAAUUUUUUUUCCCCGCGUCCCAAUCUAAAACGAAGCGGGGCGUAUUGUGAAUUUUUCCUCAAGACGGUAUAGGGAAUUAUGAAUAAUUUACGAGAUCGAAAAAAGGAGGUCGCUAAAAUGCAAGAUGUCUAUUAUAUUAUUAUUAUUUUGUUUAGGCUGGAGUCGUACGAGUAAAAAUAUAUAAUACGCGACUCAGUAGCGGAUAUAGAAUUUUUAUUAUUAUUUUUUUUUUUUGUGGGGGGGAGCGAAAUCGUUCACAUAAACUUUGAACAAUGAACACUGUAAAUAUAAAAUACUAUCGUAAUAGUUGGUCUAACAGCAAUUCGAACGACGAUUGAUAAUGACAUUAUUAACUCGUAUUAUUCCACGAUUACAAACGUAAUAUAACUGUCAAGAGGUGAGGAGGGGCCAGGGACUUCUCACUCCCCCCUCCACCCCUACUUUAAUCCGUCACUGGCACGGCGCGUAUACUGUAUGUCCUGGGUUUCCGAACCCCGCGGUAAAUCGAAUAUAUUACGCCGGCGACCCCGCCGCAGCUCUGAUAGGGACUGUCACGACGAUUUACUGACAUUUUGUCAUUGCACGACGGUCUAAACGGCCCAAUGCGCGAAAGAACGUCGCCGCCGUAACACCGCGGACCGCGCACCUGCGUAUACGGAAAACGCGCUUAACAAUAUUAUGACGUUGUUUUCGACAUUCGGAUGGUAAACCGUUCGCAGACGAAACGUUUGCGAUCGGCACGCCGAUUGUCGUGUCGUGUACACGUUUUCUAUUACGACGCGGUCGCCGCGAUGUUAUUUAUUUAUGGCGUUUUACAAUAACGUAUCGGUGUGGUGGGUGCUGUGCGCAUUAUUUUCGCUCGCGACACAAUGCCGCACGCCGGUAAUCCUCCGGUUAGCUCGACCGGCCGAUGAUAGCGAGCGCGAAUAAUAGUUGCGUAAAACAUCAUAAUAACGUACUCGCGCGACGGGCAAAGCGGAUAAAUAUUGUCGCGCGAUAUUUUUUUUUUCCUUUCCUUAUCGCGCUUUUCGACGGAUUAUUUUUUUUUCAAUUUUUUUUAUUUGUAGCGCGAACGUUGCAAUAUCGAGGCUAUGUGAUAUUAUCUAUUAUCGUUAUUAUUGUUAUUGGUUUUUUUUUUUUUUUAUUAUUCAUUAUAAAUAUCGAUAAUUUCGAUUAGAAAACGCGUUUGAAAAAAAAAAAAAAAACAGUAAAUACAAUGCGAUUUACCUGUAUAAAUUACAUAAAUAAUACAUUAUUUGUCUUCUUUUUCUUCUACUUUUGCGUUAGUUUUUUACCCGACAAUUUAAAAACGAAAAAUUCGACGAAGACGAAAAAUCACUGCACGCCGGACAAUAUCACAUAUUACUCAAACCCGGGAAAUUACGUUAUCUUCUUGUAUUUCCUACAAAAACAUAUUAAUUGCUUGAGCAACGAUUUUCAAAUCCGCUCAUAAUCAACAGAGGAAUCGGUUUGACGCGAAUGGCGACACUCGUAGUAUAACUCUGAGAACAUGCCGAGUAACAGUAUUCAUUCUAAAAUUUCAAAACUUGUUAAAGAAAAAGUCAAGUUGAAAAAUCACAUUGGGUUAUCGUAAAUUACAAUGUAAAACUAUUGAUCCGAUAAAUAUGUGAAAAAAGUGAUCUUCGUUUACAAACCAAAACAACAAAAUUAUAAUAGUCUCCCGAGAAUCAAGGUUGUCCUCCACCAUCUGCGACCCAUCGAAUGGGUUCGCUGAGUAGUCAAAGUUGCCAGUUUACUGUCGAAAAGGUCGGGAAUCGCUGUUCUACAUAAUCAAUAUUCUUUGUAAUUUUCUACUCCCAUAAACAGUGUGGUCCAGUCGACGUCCGGCCUACUUGUCGAGAUCUCCCGCCUAUAACGCGUAGUGGUAUUUUUAAGAAUAUCAUCAAUCAUCAUGUCGUACAUAUUUUCUUGAAAAUAUUAAUAUUAUAAAAUUACUUGCUACGAAUUGCACCUUUUAAUAAUAAUAUGUUUUACAAAAUUAAAUAACUAACGACAUUUUUUUUGUGUCGAUUGUUUCAGACCGUGCCCCGCUCCAUGGCGGGUCUGGCGGAAAGACUGUCGGGAAUGAUGCCCACGCCCAGCGUGCGGGGAAGAAAAGGCUGGUGCGGUUGCCUCCAGGUAAUUAUGAUAAUAUUACUCAUAUAUAUAUAUAUUUUUUUUUUAAUCGAUCGUUAAUAAUUUUAUAACAAUUAAGCGUUGCUAUAGACGGACAGAUAGAUGAAUAUAAUAAUAAUAUAUAUAUAUAAAGAUUGAGGAAAUAAAAAAUUACAAAAAAAAAAAAACCGAUCCGUCAACGUUUCCGUAUGCGAUUCCUGUAUACGCGAGCAGUGUCGCCAAGGGCAUCGCGAACGCAAUAAGGACUAAAACUAUUGAAUACUCUAUAAGUAUAAUAAAUUAUUUACAGCGUUAUAAUAACAUUAGUAUACACCUAUAAACGCGGUCGUAUUAUUUUAAAUUGUAGAAAGGACGAACCGGAGAAACCGCAGGAAAAAUAACAUUUUAAUCGCGGCACAUAAUAUUAAUAUAAUACCAUACCGCCACGCACGGUAAAUAUAAUACGGGCGUUCUCGUUCCGACCCGUGUCAUGAUCUCUGCUAGGUAUUCCCGUUUAAACGAUUUUACCCGUAUAUUAUCGUUUUUCAAUACGAUUCGUGUUGAUGUUUCGCGGCGCGAAGUUUUUUUUUUUUUCUGCUCUGCAAAGCGGUUUCGUAUGGUGAAACAUUGCGAAAAAUCGCAUGCGAUUAUGUACAACCUGAGCCCAGUAGGAUCGGCGGUAUCUGUAACUAAGACUGCUGUAGACGUUUCUGUUGUGCGGCCGCACUUCACAUUUUUCGUUACCGCAUCUCAUUAUGAUAGCGUGUCUCACUCACCCAUCACCCAAUUCGGUCGUGAAUUUGCGUCGUGAGGUACCCGUCUAUGCGCCACUGCUAGUAUACGUAUUUGGGUGUUGUGUUAUACGAUUUUACUUAGGUUUGAGUAUUGACGGGCAAUGAUUAACCGGCAAAAAAAAAACCCAAAAAUAUAUAGUAUACACUUCGCACGCAGUUCCCAGACAUUCAGUGGCGUGAUGUGCCCAACUCUGCAACAUUGUAGAUACAUUUUUUGAUUGGCAUUGUUAAAAUGAAAAUUAUUAGGAAAUAAACACCAUAAUUGGAUACUUGUGCCAGGUACUUUAUUUGAAUUCACUUAGGUUUUGUUAAAGUCAUAUUGAUUUGGGUGUACUUGAAAGUUACAGGUAGACAAUUAGAAUUAACAGUAAAACAAUUUAAUUAUGUUAAAACAACUCUCAUUUAACGACGAAUUAGAAUAAAUAUUAACACGAGUAAAUUAAUAAAUUCGAGUAGUUAAUUAAUAUUUAAGAAAAAACGCCCAGAGAAGUGAUCGUCCCUAUUGCCCCUCCUUAAAAACAGCCAUUGCAAACAUUUAACCCUUAGAACUAAAAAAAAAAAAAAAAUGAAUUUAGGGGUGAACUCUCGAAAAUGUUGGCCAAAUAUUUUGAUUUAAGUGUCCAAAAACCAUAAAUAUUUUUAAAAAACCAUCAUGUGAAAAAUCCUUAUUUUUUUUUAGAAACUGCGUAAAAAUACGGAACAUUUUUACUAUCUGAAAGUGUUUUCCUGAAAAAAAAAACUUAUAGAUUUUUCACUACUUUUAGAAUAUAAAAGUAUAUUACUCUAGAUAAUUUUUUUUUUAUUCAAAUUCUUAUUUUACAUAUUUUUCACUUUCAGUGAUUAAUAAGUUAAAAUUUUUUUCGAAUAGGUAACCCUAAAAAUAGUAUUAAAUAAUCUACUUAAAUUAUCUCAUAUUAUUGUUUCAAGUGUUUGACAUAUAAAAUGUGAUUUUAUCUAGAAUUUAGUCGAAAAAUAAAAUAUAUUUUUUAUCUAUUUUUAUGAGAAUUUGUAAUUUUUUUUAUAUAUCUUUAUUCAUAUAUGCAGAUAUAUAAUAUUUUCGUUCCUUUACUUUUGUGCAGAUAAUAAUAGUUUAAAACAAAAUACUCGUUUGAGCUUAACAUACAAUGUGAACGAGUAUAUGAAGGUCGUAAUUCCGCUCGUUUAAGAUUUUAAUGCUCUAUAACUAUCUCUCUACCAUAAUAUGCUUUUCAUUAAAGCAAUAAUCGUAUUAAUGUUUUUUUAAUAUACCAAGAGAAAUUAAUAUAUUUUGAUUGGUAAUGCUGAGCUCGUAUUGAUACUGUUUGGGCGAGUUUAUGAUUUUCGCGACUAAUACUAUCCGAAUGUCUAAAUAAGAACAUUAUUGAACAGCAUGCAUUCCACGUAUCAAUUUCAUUUUUUCUUUUGCAAUUGCCUUUGCCUAUUAAUAUUAUGGGACCAGAAAAUUGUAAAAAACUAACCAUAGUCACAAAAAGCCCAAAUUUUGUCUAUAGGCGGAGAAAGGUUGAUUUAGCCUCCUUAAAAUAUUGAUUAUGAAUCCUUAGUAUUUAUUUGAUUUGUGCCCCUUCUUAUUUGCGCCAAUGGUACGGAUAAAACUAUGGUUACAUUUAAACAACAUUAUCAUCAAUUCGUUGCGAUAGAAACAAAUAGCAUCACGGAUUUUAUUAACUUGUUUAUUUGCAUUAUUAUCAAUCAUUUAUCAAACCAAUGAAGAUAGACGAUUAAUCCGAUUAGUUUUAACCCGUUUACGAUAGUAUAAUAAUAAAAUAAAAAAUCAUUAAAUUAGCCUUAAUUGAGUAGUGUGACUACGGAGUAUUACAACAGUCAUGGGAUUAUGGCAAAUUUUCAAAACAUUUUUCGAGAUUCUCGUUAAACAAGUACGUAUUUAAAAGAUAUUUUAAGGGGCACUCAUGAUCUGUCUCCGAUCUGACCCUCGGAAUCGCCUCCCGUGAAAUUUUUUUUUUAAAAAGGUUACUCGAAUUGUUUCCUGAUUUUAAAAAUAUCAUUCACUUGAAAUGCCUUGUCCUAUUUUAGGUAGUGACCCUCUUGUACUCGAAUCGUCUCCGAUAGUUAUAAUUAAUUGAUUUCUAAAUUUACAUUAUAGGAAAUAUUAAUAAAUUAAAUACAAAAUCAAAGUUGCUUGAUUUAAUGUUAAUUAAAGUUAAUAAAUAAUAAUACAUAAAUCAGUUAUAUGAUAUACAGUUAACAUUUUUAGUUUCUACAUCAUAAUUAUAAAUAUUUCAGUAAAUAGAUCGUUACAACAGUAAUAAUUAAUAAUAAUAAAAAAAUAAAUAGUAAUCAUAUUAAUAAAAAAAAUAGUCAAUACGUAAAAUAAUUUAGAUGAAAUGUGAAAAUGUACGGAAAUACGAUAGGUGUAUGUCUUAAAGAUAAUAUUUUUGAACAUUGAUAUAAUAAUCAUUAGUACAGGUACAAUUACCGAUACGUUAAUUAAUAAUCUAGGUAUGCUAUAGGAUAGUAGACCGUUUGCGUAUACUCGAAUUGCCUUCGAAAACGUCAGGAGGCGAUUUGAGGGGAAAAAAAGGUCACUUACCAAAAUUUGCGAGACAAUCCGAGAGUCGCCGUUUUAAGACCGAGUACAAUCGAUAUUACAAACGACGGUAAUUUAUUAGAACCGUGAAUCUAUUAUCUUAAUAUGAGCGAAUUGUCGCAAACGUCGAUUUCAGUGUUCGAGUGUCCGAUAUAGAUAUUAUAUCAUUAAAUUCGUGCUACUCGCUAUUAUUGCGGUUAUAUUACCGUUACAUCUACUCUGAUGUUUACGUUUCGAGUUGUCAUUGUAGGGCUAAUGAUAAUAAUGUACGCGUUACGUUUGAAAUCCGAAAUUACGCUAUUAGUCAAUGUAUUGGGUCCGGCGCGAACUCACCGGAGGCUUAUGAAAUUUCUAUCGGUAAAAAAAAAAAAAAAAUGUUUUUUCGUCUAUUGUUUACCCUCCCCGCCUAUCGUCAUCGUUAACGUAUUUCCGUAGGUUUCCGGUCAUCUAGUCGCGCGCCGUCGUCGUCGGGUCAUUCGACCCGCGGUGCCCCGAACGAUAUCGCGCGCCCGCCAGAAAUGAUAUUAUUAAUUUGUCAAAAUUACGGCCUGUCGAUCUGAAAAUAAGAUUGUUACACGUAGGUGUAAUAUUAUUACCCAUACGCGCACUUGUACGUAUAUAAAUGUACACGGGUCCGACGACGACUUCAGGUGUAUACAGGCGCGUAUCGCGUAAUACCACGUCGGCUGCGGGACAACCCAUUGUGCUGAAAGUGGAAUUCUGAAAUGCGAUAUUGACGAGCUGACCUAGCCCAAGCGCUCCCGACGACGUUCCCUUGUUUUCGUCCGUUGUAAUUGGCCGCCCCGGGCUACGCGUACGUGUAAAAUUUGUUGAAAUUAAUCGACGAGACGGCGGACCGCGUGCGUUUUUUUAAUACCGUUGUUGUGCUUUCUCCGGGCAUGAGUCAUCAUGCCGACCGCGUGCAGUACCCAUACAAAUAGUUGUAGGGAUGCCGACGGUGACGUUAAAAAAACCCAUUAAAUUUACACCACGUCGCCCGGCGGUUCGCCCGAGAAAACGACCUAAAAGGCUCGCGUUCGAACCAUCGCGGUGCCCGACGAUAAUAAUAUGUGGAUCGCCUUAAGGUGUUUGUCGGUUUACGGGCCCCAACGGAACCAGCAAAUUCUCAGCGAUUUUACAUUCUGAGCGGCUCGAGUAAUGUAUCGGUUUUACAAUGAUGUUUAUUUUUUUUUCCUGCCAACGACUUAUCGACCGGAGGUUUUGUUCCGGUUUUUAAGCGCAGAGCGUUUUCUUAAUUUUCUCAACAGUAGGAAUUUCACCUGGACCGUACUUUAAGGAGAUAAUUUUUCGAUUUUUUUCGGUGUUUUCAUUAUAAAUGGGGAAAAACAUAGGAAAAACGGAAAAAUGUACGAAAUAUAUUAUUUUCGAAUCGUAAAUAUUACAAUAUUUCAUAACACGUAUAACCGAAUUCCGCUCAGAAUUGUUUUGCGUUAGCAAUGAUUCAUUGUUGCGUACAGAUAUACAUUGGAUUUCCUCUCUACCUUCCCAACUUCUCACCCAUAACAGUGGCCCAUCCAUCAUGCGAAGUAUAUCAGUUUAUUUUUGAUAUUAUAUAAUCGUAUUCUCCUAGUUUAAUGUGCCAGUGCCGACUCGAGAGAAAUCGGCGGCUUAUUAGGGGCCGAUUGAUGACUGUUUUUCCAAAUCUUUUCAAUUCUGCACAAUUUAUGACAAUUUACUAUUUUAGACCGAAAGCCAGACAACACCGUAUGGAUUGCUUUUGACGGAUUUUAAAAUCGUAUUAUAAUUCUUUAGGAUACGUUGCGAUUAUUUUUUUAAAAUUGCAAUCACCUUCACCACAAAUGAAAAUCAUAAUUCUUAAGUACAUUUUUGAAAAUAUUUUUACGAUUUCUAGUGAAAUAAUUAAAAGUCCCCCAUAAUUUCCCACUUGUCCCACUUAUAUAUUGUAGAGAUAACACCAGCAGUCGUAAUUCAUAUGUAAAUUUGAAAUUCGUCGAACAUGAGGUUUUUAAAUCGACUAAAAUAAACACCGUCGCCAUAUACACCCCUUCCCCUCCCACGCCUCUUUAAUCGUAACGAAACAACGUCCAUGCGAUUAUCCAUUAAAGACACGGUCCGUCCGAAAGAAAAAAAAAACACCCGCCCAAUAAAACAUAAUAUAUUAUCACGGGCGUUCGUUGUGUGCACGUUCGGACUGGUUUCUACAAAUUGCCUCCGAUAAUGAUGAUGGGUUUUUCAUUUUUUUUUUUUUUAUUAUUUAUUGAAAUCGUAUUAUAAUAUUAUUAUUAUACAUUAUUUAUUUCUCGCUUUAUACACUCGCGACGGUGUGGGGUACAAUGAGAAAAACAUCGAUCAAGUUCAUGUACGACGUUGCGUAACUAUCGUCGUAUUUCAAGAUCGUUAUUGACGAUGAAAAGUGUAUAAAAGGAUUACACACGUGAAAAAUUAGAAAGUGUGUAGAAAGAAGAACUCGUCGCCUCGGCGGCGGCGGCGGAGGCCGACGUUUUGGUUCUUAAUUUUUCUAUACCCGCCUGUGUAAUACAUCAUCACGUACAAGGCGCUUUAAUUAAAUUGGAUAAUAUAGGAUUAUAUAUUUUGUAUCCGUCUGUCUGUAUACAUACGUCUAUGUGUCUGUCCGUCCGUCUGACAGUAGUAAAUGACCAAAGGACGAUAAAUAUAUAUUUUUUUUUUUUUUUUAUCAUCAAACGUCCUUUUAGAUAUAUCGUGUCGGAACACCUCGCCCAUCCUCCCCCGCCGUCCCGGUAAAAAACGCGCACGUCCAUUACGCGACGUGAAAUUACCGAUGCGCCCGAAGAGUUGUUAUUUUCAUUUUUACUUUUGUUGGCCCUCUGAAUAGAUUCCUUAUAGGUAAAUUAUAUUACGCGUAUCGUAUUGUUGCGUAAUACUACUCGUGUUUCAAUAAAAUAUGAACUCAUUUUUUUUUUUCGAUUUUAUACUGUCGAUAAGUUAAUAAUAAUGCAUUAUUAUAGAUACCUACUAUUUAAAACAAAAAUGUUCAAAAUGUUUUUGUGCAAUUAUAACCAUUAUAUUUGCCUGAAAAUGUAGACUGACGUGUCGAAAUACGCGUCAACAAUGACGGCUUUGGAGAAGGGAGAGACGAAUCGUCUUCUAUAUGCAUACGAUUUUUAUACGUACACAUUUGAUACGGUAGAAUGUUAAAAACUUUUAAUUCCGCGACCGGAAUACUUGAGCUCAUAAUCGCACAUAAACGAAGCAUCGGUUUUAUACAAAUGGUGUAUAUACACGAUCAUCAAUCUUAAAUAAGACACUUAUUAUCUCGGAAAGUAGGUGUUUCGACAUUUUUGUUUAAGCUAUUUAUGCAAUAUGAAGCUCUUAACGUUUUACAUUGCCGUUAUUUUUAUCAACUAUAAUUUUUUCUUAGAGAGGAGAGGGGAAACCACUAUCCGUUUUUGAUUUUCAAAUAGCAACCUAUAUUAAAAAUUCUAUAAAUAGGCGAAGUUUUAGUUUAUAAACUAAAACUAUAAAGUUUUCUUAUAUAGGUACAUUUUGAUGUUGACAUUUUCAAUUUCCGUCGAUCCGUUGAUGAGAUAUUCCACUUUCAAGAUAGGGUAGAGAGUUGUAGAGCAUCAUUUGUAUGGAGACUCGAAGCAUGUGAUUUAAAUUUGAAAAUUUCAACACUAAGAAUAUAUCUAUCUAUGGAAUUUCAAUGUAGGUUGCUGUUUAAAAAACGAGAGUGGGUAUAAUGCAGGUUUCACUCACAAAAAACAAAGGUGGCAAAAAAUAUCGGUAUUGUAACAUUUUAAAGUGGCUUGUUUUCUAAAUUGUCAAAAAAAAAAAGUGAAUAUUUUUCGUGGUAAUGAAUGUCUUAUCGAUGAUUGAUCACCCCUCCGCCCCUACAGAUUUUGUUCGACUUAAAAUACCGCCAUUGAUGGAUAGAACCGAGGAGGGUUUGAAUGUAAUAUUGCGUGUGUGCGCAAGGGGUUAGGAUAGCGAGUAUCAUGGAGACGACGCGCACUUGGUGGUCUUUCGUGGACCGUAACAGAAAAGAAAGAGAUAAAUAUUACUGUCAUUGUUUUGCCCUUCUUACUGUACGAUUAUCAAAGCUGUUGUCCGUAUCGAUAUUUUCACGAUCGCGUAUUUCUUAUUGUAUUGUAUUACAUAUUUAUUUUUUGUUUUACUUUCAGGACGACGAACCGCCAGAAAUCACGUACUGCGUGGUCGACAAUCUGGGCACCCUAACGCUGCAGACAAUGACGCCCACCCUGCCCAUGCCCGAAAAACCGGAGCUGGACCGGCUGUUUGCCGAGCUGGUCGUAAGUGUCACGGGUUUUUCAUAAAUCGUUUUUUUUUUUUUAUUCUACAUUGUUCACCGGUGCGAUUUGUCUCUGUGUCGUAUUAUUAUUAACGGGCGUUAUUAUAUUAUUGUUUUCGUUUCGGGGCGUGCGUGGAAAAUCGCCCGUAGACCGCGAUUACGCGACGGGAGUUUUUCACUUACGUAACGACGCGUAGCAUCCACAGAUAUCAUCGAUCGCAUUCGACUCGCAUUGUCGCGUCCGGCGAGUGAUGUUCUUAUCUGUACACGGAUACCGAGUAUUUCGAGCGCAUUCCCGACUGAUAUUACACGCCUACAGUUUUAGCGGGGCCGAAAAACCGAUUGGUUUUUUUUUUUCUCAGGCCGAUACGCGGUUACAUGAUAAAAUGUCACGUAAAUAUUUUUAAAUUUUUUUCUGUCGUUCCCGCGGUGUUUUCUCGAUCCAUCCGAGUUCACUUGACCGGUACGACUGCGCGCAGGACCGUUUUUCCGCCCCGGAUCAACCUUAUUUGUACACAUUCGACCUCUCCCCUCCUCCUAAAAAAAAAAAAAAAAAAAAGAAAUUAUAUCCUGGUAUUUUUUAAUUUUUUAAUUAUACAGAAAAUAAUAUUGAUAAUUUUAUUAUUUAUUUACUGUUAGAAUCGAUAAGAACAUAACUUAAUAAUAAAAUUAUUACAAUAUUACACCGGGCCCCAGCCCGGCUGGCUAUACAUAGAUGUAUCGAAAUUGGGCUACCCGGGGUAAAUGUCCCAGUCGCCACCUUCCUAAAUACAAGUAUAGAACUUAUAUAAAUAAUAUACGAGUAGCCAGCACCACCCGUGAUAUUUACUCGAAGUGUAUGUUAUUAAAUUCUAUAAAAUAAUAUUUCUGUGACGUGACAUGACUUUACUGAUGAAGAAAAACUUUUCUGAAUGUGUAUGUAUGAAGUGUGACUUUGUAUGGCGGUGAAAUUUUAAACGAUCGCUACAGAAGAGAAAAAAAAGUAGAUGCUUUUGAAAUGUUACGUUAUUGAAAAGUGCUUAAAAUUAAAUGGUUAGAACGUAUAACAAACGAGGAAGUUAUGAAUACUAUAAAGAAAAAACAAGAUUAUGGUUUAGUAUAAAAGUCUGAAUCAUAGUCGUAAACAGGGGAGGGGGAGCUUGAGGGUCUUAGUUCCCCGUCAUUUUUGUCAACUGUCAAGUCGCCCCAGAUCAAAAGUUAAUCUUUAGUACUAUGAGAAUAAUAAAUUAUAAUUUUUAGAAACUAAACGCAUGUACGCGAAUCAUAAUUAUUGUAAACAAAAAUCGUCAUGAUACAUUAUUAUUAUUAUUAUUUUAGAUUUUGAGUGGAGCGAGGAAUGUAUUGGUUUUACAAUGGUGUUUAUUUUUUUAUUUUUUUUUUCAUAUGAACAUUUUUUCUACCGGAAAAUAUACUCCGAUAAUCAAGUAUAGCACCUUUUCUAAUAGGAAAUGUUCUCUGGGUGAUACUUUAGAGGAAUUAUUUUUUUAAAUUCUCCCUACUAUUCGAGAUAAUGACGAAAUUCGGUCUUUAGGUUAAAAAUGAUUGAAAGGUUAAAAAUAAGGUAUGCAACCGUUUUUAUUUAUUUAUUGUUAUUAUUAACGUUGCUUACGGAUAUACAUUAAAUUCCCGUCUGUAUUCUAGCAUUGAUUAUUUGGAUUGUCGAUUUUUGCUCUUUGUAGUUAAUUGACGGUAUGCGUAAUUCAUGUUUAAAAAAAUAUUUUAUUUUAAAGGCGCGUGAUUUCUUCUAGUGUAAUGUCACCGUUCAGUCUGUUUUUAUAGUCUUAUGUGUACAACUAUUAUAAUCACGGAGUAUGGAUUAGAGGAAGAGUAUGGGGACAUAGCCCCCCCCCCCAUGUUUUUUUUUUUAAAUAUUAUUUGGAAGGAAAAAAAAAAAAUUUAAACUUAAUUGUAAAUAAAUAGUUUGACUGGGUUCUUUAGGUACUUAUUGUGUAUAGACCAUAUAAAUCUAAAUUACGAAUUUAGAGAAAUGGAAAUCAUACUUAAAGUUAGUAGAAAACACUGACACACUGAAGUUCAAAUCUCUAAAAUUUUUACCGUUAAUGUUUAUCAGCACAUGUAGUAACAUAUUUUUUAAUAUAUAGGAAGAACUUGACUUGACCGCUCCAAACAAAGCAGCGAUGUUGGAACUCCCCGAAGAAAAGAAAUGGCAAAUUUAUUGCAGUAAAAAAAAAGUUUUGGAGGUAAAAAUUAAUAUUUUUUUUUUUUUUUAAAAUAUUAUAAUUUUAAAAUAUUUUAUUUUUAGGAUCAAGAGAACACAAGUGAUUUAUCACAAUCGCCCGAAAAUUACAUUGAUCGUAUAGAAAAUUUGAAUGGUGACGAACAAGAGAACACUAAGUUAUUUGAUUCCCUAAAGACUGCUCUUCGAACCCAACCCCACAGCUUUGUCUUACGAUUCGUUCAAGCUGAUGGGCUAGUAACUUUAUUAAAGGUUUUGUCUUCAAUGGAUUAUGAUACUCAACAAGGAGCUAUGCACACAUCAAUAAUUGGAUGCAUUAAAGCCCUUAUGAAUAAUUCUGUAAGCAUUUUUAAUUGCAUUUAUAUAAAAAACAAACUUGGACUUAGGUAUUUUCCCUGUAUUAUUUUCUUAGUUUAACCCAUAGUUAGUUUGCAAUAUAUAUGUUUAAAAAAAAGAUUUAACUGUCGUCAUAUUUUAAUUUCUAUUCCUCUGUAUAUUUAACACAUUUUUAUUAUUGAAUAAUCUCAUAAAUAAAUUUCAAAUUUUGAAUAUUUUAUUUUAUAGCUCAUAAUAUUAAAAUAUAUAAAAUGUGUGCAGUCUGAAAAUGAUACUUUUAUAGUUUCAAAGUUUUCCAUUUCGGAAUUUGUCAGUUUUUUCAAAAGAUGAAUUAAUUUUCAUUGGCACAUUAUUUUUUCAUUUUAUAUUCCUGUUGUUUACAUUGAAAAGUGUUAACUCAACUUGUAUAUAACAAAUUAGAAUUUGCAAAAUAUUCAAACUUUGUUUAAUUUUGGUUUUAUUUUAUGAACCAAAUAAAUUGAAUAAUUUAAAUAUAAUAAUUAAAAUAUUAAAAAAUUGUAUUCAUUUAGAUUAUUUCUUAGGUUACAAACAAAUUAUAAACAAAUAGUUAAAAUAAAUAAUAUUGUAAAAUAUAUUUUUAUUCGUGCUAAGUAGUUAUCUUUUUUUUUUUGUAUAUUUAAAUUAUUGCUGUCAUAUACCUAAUGUAAAUAACAUAAUAUAUUAUUAUUAUUCUACAUAACAAUUAUUAAAUGCAUUUGUAUGAUAAUUAUAGACUGGAAGAUCUCACGUACUGGCACAUCCAACAGCUAUUAGCACUAUUGCUAGAAGUUUAUUGACUGAAAACCCUCGAACAAAAGUCGCUGUCUUGGAAAUUCUUGGCGCUUCCUGCUUAGUUCCAGGAGGUCAUAAGAAAGUUCUGAACGCCAUGACCGACUAUAAGGAGUUUGCACAUGAACGAGCCAGAUUCCAAGGCAUUAUUAAUGAUUUAGAUCGAAAUACUGGAAUAUAUAGAGAUGAUUUGACUGUUAAAACGGCUAUUAUGUCGUUUGUAAAUGCAGUCUUGAGUUAUGGACCUGGCCAAGAAAGUUUGGAAUUUCGAUUACAUUUAAGAUACGAGUUCUUACAGUUAGGCUUGAAAAAUAUUAUUAUUAAAUUAAGAGAACACGAGAAUCAGACAUUAGAUCGGCAUAUGGAUUUCUUCGAUAUGGUUCGUAAUGAAGACGAAAAAGAACUAGCAAGAAAAUUUGAACAGGUUUGUCAGUUUAUUUUAAAAGCAUAUUAUUGUAUUUAACCGAAAAAUUAUUUUAAUUAUAGGAGCAAGUUGAUACUCAAAGUGCUACUUCUAUGUUCGAUUUAAUUCGUAGAAAAUUAAGCCAUUCUCCAGCAUAUCCUCAUUUCCUUUCACUUUUCCAGCAUUUCUUGUUGUUACCUCGUAAGUAAUUUCAAUUAAAUAUGGCUGACUGUUUUAUUAUAAUAUUAAUAAUAUAUAUAUUACAGUUGAAUAUGGAAGUCUUCCACAGCAUUGGCUUUUAUUUGAUAGAAUAGUUCAGCAGAUAACUCUUCAAACUGAUUCUGGUACUGACAAUGAUGUUACACCAAUAAGUAUAAAUGUUAAAGAAAUUGUUCAACAGUAAGUAAUUAGAGAAGCAUACAGAUAUAUUAUGAUAAAUUGUUAUAUAAAUAUUAUAUACCUAUAAUCUAUAUAUUAUAUAGUAGCUAGUAAAUUGUAAUAUGUUACAGCUUAGCUAAAGAAGAAGAACUCAUUGCUGCAAGAAAUAAAGCAGAAAUACUUGAAAAAGAAAAUAGUAGUGUUUCUGCUUUGCUUGCUAAAAAAGAACAAGAACUAGACUUAAGAAAUCAGGAAAAAGUAAAAAAAAGAAAGUUUUUUUUGAUUUUAACUUUAUUUCUCAAUAUUACAAUAUUUAUUUUAGGAAGAUAUGGAAGCCAGUAUUGCAAGGUAUAAAGAACGCCUAGAGAAAGAAAUGUCUAUUCACUUGGAAACUAAACAAAAAGUGUCUGAACUCGAAGAUACUACAAGUGAACUAAAAGAUAGAAUAUCUUAUGAGCAAGCAGAGAGAAGAAAAUUAGAAGCAAUGCUAAAUAAUGAGAGUUUACCAGAUGAUGCUAAAGUUAAUUUUUCUGCUCCAACACCUAUUCCACCCCCACCACCUGUUCAGACCAUAACUACAACUCGUUGUCCUAUACCUCCACCAGCACCUCCACUGCAAAUCCCUCAUUCAAACCUUCCACCUCCUCCUGGUUGCCUUCCACUGUUAGUCAGUAAACAAAGAUCUGUGGAAAUACCUAAACCUUCGGCUCCACUCAAAUCCUUUAACUGGGCUAAGCUGCCAGAAACUAAAGUGGCUGGAACUGUGUGGGCUGACAUGGAUGAAGGGAAAAUGUAUUCAACAAUUGACUUAGAAACUGUUGAUAAACUUUUCUGUGCAUAUCAAAAUCAAAAAAUAAACGGUACAACUGUAAGUAAAAAUUGUAAUAAAAUAUAAAUUAUCAAAAUAUAAACUAAUUUAAUGUACCUAUAUAUAUUGACUACAGAAUGAAGGAUCAUCAGAAGAUUUGAGACAAACUGGAAAAAAUAAAUCCAAAGUUCUAUCAGUUAUUGAUGGCCGGAGGGCACAAAAUUGUACAAUAUUGUUGUCUAAAUUAAAAAUGUCUGACGAAGGAAUAGCUCAAGUCAUUCUGGAUAUGGAUACCAAAGAUGUGCUACCAUUAGACAUGGUAGAGCAACUUUUAAAAUUUACACCUGGUCCAGAUGAAGCUGCUUUGUUAGAAGAACACAGUUAUGAUUUAGACAGUCUUGCCAGAGCUGAUCGAUUUUUAUAUGAAAUUUCCAAGUUAGUAAAUAUAACAUUUUUGUUUUUAUUUUGAAUACAAAUAUUGAAAUUUAUUUUAAAUUUUUUUUUAGAAUUGCACAUUACGAACAACGUCUUCGUAGUCUAGUAUAUAAAAAGAAAUUUGUUACUUGGACAAGUGAAGUUGAAGGCAGAACAAAAGUUGUUAUGGAAGCGUCACGUGAAGUAGCUCGUUCCAGACGUUUAAAAAAAUUAUUAGAAAUUGUAUUAGCUCUUGGAAAUUAUAUGAACAAAGGAGCAAGAGGGAAUGCAUGGGGUUUCCGUUUGUCAUCUUUAAACAGACUCUCAGACACCAAGUCUAGUUCUGUACGAGGAACAACAUUAUUACAUUUCAUUGUUGAUAUGGCCGAUAAGAAGGUAAGGUUUUUAUUUUUGGUCUAAUCAAUUUGUAUAUAUUAAUAUUUUUAUUAUUAUUUGUUUAAAUAGUUCAAGGAUGUUUUAUUAUUAGAAGAAGACAUCCCUCAUGUAAGGAGCGCUUCAAAAGUCAGUUUGGCUGAACUUGAAAAAGACAUGUCACAAUUAAGAAACAAUUUAAAAGAAGUAGAACGAGAAAUUGAGUUCCAAAGAGUACAACCUGCUGUACCGGGUGACAUGUUUCUGCCAGUAAUGAAAGAAUUUUUAACAGCUGCUACUUGUAAAUUUUCUGAAUUAGAAGACUUGUUCCAAGACAUGAAAACUAGGGUAAAUACUUGUUUAAAAUGAAUUUUUUUUUUUUGUGGUUUUGAAAUUAUUUUAUAUGGUUUUAUUAUUUAUAGUUUGAUAGAGCUGUAAGACUAUUUGGAGAAGACAAUUCUACAAUACAACCAGACGAUUUCUUUGCAGUUUUUGAUUCAUUUUUAACAGCUCUUUCUGAAGCUCGUCAAGAUAAUAUAAGUGUCAAAAAGAGACGUGAAGAAGAAGAAAAAAGGAUACGACAGGAAGUCGAUGUUCGUAUUUUAUUAAUUUUUAUAGAAUAUAAAAUAAUACCCGACUUAUUGAAAUAAAUUCAAUUUUUUUUUUGCUAAUAGUUAAAGAAAUUCACUCUUGAUCGGAAAAAUUGUAAAGAUGGGUCCAGCGUUGUAUCUAAUGGAUCUGGUAGUCGUCGAGCUACAAACCAAGUGUCUAUAAAUGGUACAGCUGGUGAUAAAGCAGAAUUUGAUGAUCUCAUUUCAGCUUUAAGAACAGGAGACGUUUUUGGAGAAGACAGUAUGGCGAAAAUCAAACGUAGUAGAAAAUCUAGACAUUCCCCUCCAGCCAGGGAACAUAGCAGAGACAGAGUACUAAACGUUACACGUCAAAAAUAAUUUAGUUGAAAUUUAAACAAUUUUGUGCUUUUGAUGUUAUUUAUUUUGUUAAUAUAUUUGAGUAAAAGGUUACUAUUUCUUGCAUUUUAUUCUACAUUCUGUGAUAUACAUUAUAUUGUAUCCAAAAGUAUGCGUAUGACUAUAGUCAAUUAUAAUUGGCAAAAACUAUCUGUUAAAUUUUUUUUUAAAUUAAUUUUUUUAACCUACAUUUUUAUCCUGUACAUUGUAUAUAAGAUUAUAAUUCCAUAUUAAAUUGGAGUGAUGUAAAACAUUUUAUAGAUAGUUGAUAGAUUUUUAUAUAGCUUUAAGUAAAAUUACAUCAGUUUUGUUAAAUUAUAAAGACAUGGACAUCCCUCCAGUGAAACAAAAAUUAAAUUAUAUAAAUAUAUAAAUAUAUAUUUUUUUUUUUUUUUUUUUACUUUGGAAAUAAAAUAAUAUAUAAAAUAUAUAAUAUCUGUUUUAUUUCAUUUCUUUAUUCCAUUCAAAAUAGUUAAGUAUAGGUACCAAUGUACCAUAUAAUUCAUUAUUUACG